CCCCCGGUGGCCGCUGGGUGUCUCACUCCGCGUUGCUCCGCCCGGUGGAUGUUUGUCCCUCCCCGGACUCCGGAGUUGUAGUUCUCAGCUCGGACUUUGCCCGGUUAUCGCUCGGUAUCGCCCGGUUAUCGCCGCCAUGUCCUCCGGCCGGUCGCUGCAGAUCCCGGGCCGGCUGCCGUUGCUGGUUUCCCCGGAGGGGGAGGCGGUGCUGCUCCCGGGGGCCACGCUGAGGCUGGCGGUGGAUUCUCCCGGUAACCUCGCUCUGCUCCGGGGCCGCCUGCUGCGGGGAACCUCCCUGAGGAGCUCAGUGAUCGGAGUAAUACCGGGAGCCCCGCCACCAGCACCACUGCGCAGGUAACACCACGGGGGGAGGGGGCAGAGUAUUGGGGGGCUGGGGGUGACAGAGUAUUGGGGGGGCUGGUGGUGACAGGUAUUGGGGGCUGGUGGUGACAGGUAUCGGGGGCUGGGGGUGACAGGUAUUGGGGGGUGGUGGUGACAGGUAUCGGGGGCUGGGGUGACAGGUAUUGGGGGCUGGUGGUGACCUUGAGUAUUGGGGGUGACGGGCACCGGGGGGCUGGGGGUGACAGAGUAUUGGGGGUGUGACAGGCACCGGGGGGGCUGGGGUGACAGGUAUUGGGGGGUGACAGGUAUUGGGGGGGUGGGGGUGACAGGUAUUGGGGGUGACAGGUGGGGGGGGCUGGUGGUGACAGAGUAUUGGGGGGUGACAGGUGGGGGGCUGGGGGGUGACAGAGUAUUGGGGGGUGACAGAGACCCCGAAUAAUGGGACACUAUUACCCUAAAGGGAGCAGGUGUUUAUUCUGUCCCCAAUACAUGAAGCUCAUUCAAUAAGCUGCGAAUUGUACUGAUUUUAUUCUGAAUUGUACGUUUUAUAGAAUCCAUCUCCGCUAUAUUCCCAGGUCACAAGUUUAUUUUAUUCAGAAUUUUCCGCUUUCACAGUUUAGAGAAUAAACAUAUUUAUGUGAUGCUCUAACAUACGCCGGCGCGGAGUGAAUUGUGGGGCACGUUAUUAGAGGUAACUACCUAUUCCACGCCAUCUACUAAUAAAGUACUAAUUUUCAGACCUCGCUGUCAGUCAUUUUAUAGGAUUCAAGUUGCGGCUUUGUCAUUGUCACAUUAUUUCAUGGGAUUUGAAUGUUGAAUUCUUGUAAUGAUGCAUAAUAAAAACACAAAAAAAGUAUUCCUUCAAUUGUUUAUUUCGAUAAAACGGUAACAUUUGGAGAAUGGCCGUGAACCUUUAUUAUGAAUUUCACAAUUCCAAUUUAAACAUUAACAUCCUUAAAUAAAACCAUAACUUGUAACCAAAAUAAACCAUUAACCAUUUCCAGGAGCCAUAAAUAUAUAUUAAGCCCAAUUCAAGCAGUCCACGUUCCUGUGAUGCCCAGGAGAGCGACUUAUAUCCCAUAAUAAGGUCACAACCGAAAAAAAACUGAAAGGGAAGGGUGGGGGGCUGCAGCUCACAAAAUCCUUACAAGCAGCCAACCUUGUUAAUUGUCUGGCACAAGUUGAGGUAAAUGAUUUUGACCCCUUUAAAUUUAUACCCCCAAAUUCCCGCCGCUAAAUGCCUGGCUCCGCUAUUCACCAAUCAGGGCAUUAGCACCUAACUGCAGCCUGCCGAUAUGUACCCACCAGCUCGAUCAAACCCCAUGAGGCAGCUCCUUAUUUGUCCGCCCGUCCAACAUUCCGUUCAUUAUUUAACCCUUUAAGGACACAUGACAUGUGUGACAUGUCAUGAUUUGCUUUUAUUCCAGAAGUUUGGUCCUUAAGGGGUUAAGCCUUUUCCCCUCGGUUUUGUUUGCCUUGUUCCCAGACCCCAUUUUAUUUAUGGAGUUUGCGAUACCCUGUACUAACUUUACAAAGCGAGUGACACGCCCUAACCUGUAGAUUAAACAUUAAAUACAGCGACGCCGACCUUCAUCCCAUUUAUCUCCUGUUACUCCCGGCAACAAUCCCGCGUUACUGCGGGUUAGAUCUGUCUUAUCAACCUGUUAUGUAAAUACAGAGAACGACGGUGUCUCUACGCCAGCAAGUUUCACUUCAUACAUUCAAUAUCUCUGCAUGAAAAGGGCUGCCUUGUCGCAUGUACAAUUCAUUUCUAUCUAAAUUGAGCACGUAUACACCGUAUUGUGGAAACUAUUCAUUGUGUUCGUGUGAUAUUUGGAAAAGCAGGAUAAGUGUUAGUUCCUGGUAACCAGAGUCCCUGUGAGAGCAUUAUUUAGGCAUGUGAUUUAAUGAGGAUCUGCGUUCUCACAUGACGAUGACAUGUCUUCCCAUGAUUGAAUGCUUGUGUUUACAGGGAUGCUGAACCCCGUGUUUGUCAUUGCAAGGUGACAUCUAGCUUAACGGUCCAAUCUCCUUCCAUCUCCAAGAUAACCUCUUCCCUCCCAGCCACCUACCCAGCUCUGUAUAGAAGGCAAAUAUAGGCACUCGUUGUAAUAUAUAGAUAAAUAGGCUGGUGCAAAUCAGCAUGGAUUCCCAGAGAUCGCUUAGUAUACACAGUGUAGAAAAACGCAAAAGUGAUUUACCUCACCGGGAAAACCACAUAGGUGGAACCAGAGCCGUGUGUGUGUGUAUACGUACACGUUUUAGAAAUCAAAGAGUUCCAGUUUUCAAAAAAAACCUUAAAGUGAAGCACAAUCCAUACUAAUAAUAAUGAUAUAUGACAAAUCUCUAGUGGAAUCAUUUUAAGGUGUACAGGCUCUUCCGGUGACGUAUAUCGGAAGCGUUAUCACUGCUUGGGCAACAUGAGCGUGAGGACUAAGGAAGGUACAGAGAGAACGCGCAUAUCAAAACUACAAUCCCCAUAAUGCCACAGCAGGACGAGUUGUGUCACUUGGAAGGCGAGGCGCCUGAAUCGAAACCAAUCAGCACACCAGAUCCCAAUAAUGACAACCAUACUGCCCACAUAAACUUGGGCAUUGAAGGGACACUUACACUUCUGAGGAAGCCCUGUUGGGUGAAACUUGUAAAGUGUGUAUUGGAGCCAUUUAUCUUAUUAUUUGUUUUAAAAUUGUUAUUUUUUCUAUAUAUCAUUUUAUUGUUUUUGCUGCUGAUCUACAUUCCUGGUUCCUGCAAUCCCUGGUGGAGAUUAUACCACCAAAGCUAUAUAUACAUUAGAGCAAGUUACUGCUCCCACAAUUGUAAUAAGGCUCUAUUUUUCUUUGAUAUCAUACUUAUAUGUACUUACUAUUGUACCAUCAAAGUCUUUCUGCCUUUUUAUCUCAUGUUUGAGCAUUACUGGAAGCACAUCUGAGUGGAUCUUCACAUAUCCUGAGAUGGGACUCAGGCGCUAUACAGCAGAGCUCUUAGUAGCUCAGAAACGUGUGAGUUGAAUAUCUAUACAUCUUAUACAUAUUCCACUAUAGAUUUGGCAUAUAGCACUAUUAUUUGUAUAUAUUCUGCUUUUUUUUUAAGGUUCUUUUGAAAACUGGAACUGCUACUUGCUAAAAAGUGUACGUCUAUAUAUAUACUUUACUCUGGUUCUAUCUGUGUGGUUUUCCUUGCGUGGUAAAUCACACCUACCUCUGUAUUGUAGCACCAUAUUCCUCCCGGCUGAGAAAUUGUCUCUCAGGUCUGUUUACUAAAUGAUCAAAUUAGACAAACGUCGUUAUAUACCCAGCUGAUGGGUGUUUACAAUUACCGGCAAUUUGAUGGCGUUGAGGAAAUUCAGUUUCUCAUAUAUCGGGGUCUUGAUCUACUGUAUGUGGAACAAACACCAUUUCUGCAGACAAACAGCUGGGCUUUUACAAUCAGAGCUCUAGGGUUCAGGACUGGGAGCACAUGGUCUGCACCUCAGGCUGGAGCAGACCACCAUAAUUACUCUCUCCAGUGCCAGAGUUAAAUAAUGUGUCAGAGAGCUGGUAAACACUGCGCAUGUUACACUAUUCUUGAUAAGUACAGAUUUUACUUACAUUUCUGUACUUAAAGCAAACAAACAAAUCUCUUGGCAGUGAAGGGGUUAACCUGUCGGCUAUGUCCCUUUAUGUAAGUGGUGUCUCGGUUGCUAUGUAUAUGACUUAAUCUGGUCUUUUUCGGUAGGAUUGGAACCGCAGCCUUGGCCGUACAAGUGGUCGGCAGUAACUGGCCGAAGCCUCACUUCACUCUGCUCGUCACCGGUCUGUGCCGAUUCCAGGUAGUGGAGAUUCUGAACGAGAGGCCGUAUCCUGUUGCCGUGGUGGAGCAGUUAGACCAUCUGGAGCAGCUGAGCAGUAAGACGGAGCUCAAGGAAGCCCUGGGAGAGCUGUCGGAACAAUUCUACAAAUAUGCUGUACAGGUGUGUUCUCCAGCUCUUCCCCCACCACCAGCACUACAGCACUACUUAGGAACUUUAUCAUGGUACUUACAGGUCAAGGCUUGACCUCAAUGAAUCGCAGAAGUGAUGUGUUAGCCAUUUUGUGAUACUUUUUACUGACCGAGCAAAGGGUUAUCUGCCAAGCUCUGUAUAACACACAUGGAGGGGUUUAUACCAAGCUCUGUAUAACACACAUGGAGGGGUCUGUGCCAAGCUCUGUAUAACACACAUGGAGGGGUCUGUGCCAAGCUCUGUAUAACACACAUGGAGUGGUCUGUGCCAAGCUCUGUAUAACACACAUGGAGGGGUCUGUGCCAAGCUCUGUAUAACACACAUGGAGGGGUCUGUGCCAAGCUCUGUAUAACACACAUGGAGGGGUCUGUGCCAAGCUCUGUAUAACACACAGGGAGGGGGUCUAUACCAAGCUCUGUAUAACACACAGGGAGGGGUCUAUACCAAGCUCUGUAUAACACACAGGGAGGGGUCUGUGCCAAGCUCUGUAUAACACACAGGGAGGGGGUCUAUACCAAGCUCUGUAUAACACACAGGGAGGGGUCUGUGCCAAGCUCUGUAUAACACACAUGGAGGGGGUCUAUGCCAAGCUCUGUAUAACACACAUGGAGGGGGUCUAUGCCAAGCUCUGUAUAACACACAGGGAGGGGGUCUAUACCAAGCUCUGUAUAACACACAGGGAGGGGGUCUAUACCAAGCUCUGUAUAACACACAGGGAGGGGGUCUAUACCAAGCUCUGUAUAAUACACAGGGAGGGGGUCUAUACCAAGCUCUGUAUAACACACAGGGAGGGGGUCUAUACCAAGCUCUGUAUAACACACAGGGAGGGGGUCUAUACCAAGCUCUGUAUAACACACAGGGAGGGGUCUGUGCCAAGCUCUGUAUAACACACAUGGAGGGGGUCUGUGCCAAGCUCUGUAUAACACACGGAGGGGGUCUAUACCAAGCUCUGUAUAACACACAUGGAGGGGUCUGUGCCAAGCUCUGUAUAACACACAGGGAGGGGUCUGUGCCAAGCUCUGUAUAACACACAUGGAGGGGUCUGUGCCAAGCUCUGUAUAACACACCCCUCCAUGUGUGUUUAUAGAAGGAUUGUCCCUGUUUAAUACAUUGCAGAUUCUCCACAAUGAGAUAUAUGCCGUAUUCCAACUGCCUCCAGUGCUCUUUACCAUAAUCUGUCUGUAGCAUGUAACCUACUGUUUUAGACUUGCCUGCUCAAAAAAUGUUUAGUCUAUCGACCCUGCUGCAGACUCCCAGCGGACUAGAUAUGUUUUUUUUUUUUUUAAACCGAUCAACCUGUUAAGAACACCCUCUCAUUUGCCAAGCAUGUAAUCUGAUUUUAUUCUCCACUCUCCCCCAUGUCUAUCUUACCGUCAUUGUAUCAUAUCUCCAGUGAAAAGGGCAUGUCUAUAUAAUGGUGUUACCCUGAGAGGGCACAUUACUGCGACUGAAUUUACUUUUGAAACGAAAAAUAGUGCAGUCUAGGGUUAUCUUCACGUCACAAUCCCUUGUUAAGCUUUAUCAGCACACUUGAGCAGGCGCAUCAGUCGAAAGUACUGAGCUUGUAGACCCUCACAUGACCCCCCACAUUAGACAUAAUACUUUUGAGGCGCAUAGCCCACAUCAUGCUUAGUAUGUCUACCUUCUAACAUAUUACACGUGAAAAGCUCAGAUUAUGUAAGCGUUACUUACUCUCACGUAAACAUUAGCCCCAGCCUGUAUUAAACAGCUUGCAUGUUAAUAUAUAAUGAUUGUAUAUGCCUAGCUAACCUGAGAACGCAAUGUUACUUAAAACAUAAAAUGAAGCAGACACUCAUGUGAGAAUAUACCCGUAUUAUUGUUUACUGUAUUCGUGUGCAUAUUUACGGUUAUAUAUCUCCUUUUCUUCCUUUCUGUUACGUUCCCAUAAUGCUUCAAUAAAACAAAGAUUGACAAAAAAGAAGCCAUUAACGUGUCGUGAUGCAAUGUGAAGACAUAUCCACGUUAAGGACUGUAUCUGUGCAGCCCAUUGGCAUGUGGUAGUUUUGGUUCUUCGUGCCCCUUUAAUUGUUUCAUGUAAAAGUUAAAUGAUUUAUUCCUCACAAUGCGAAGUUUAAUAGUCCGUCUCAUGGCUGCUGUAAUGAUAGUUUUAUGAGAUGUUUUACUUUUGGUUUUGUCGCUAAUCGUCACUUUUUUUUGUUGUGUUUUUAAAAUGUUCCCAACGUAAUUCUGUGAUUAAACUCAACAUAGACAAGAAAUGGUCACCCUCUUCCGUCCGGCUGACAAUGUGUCACAAAAUCAUUUACCCGAUAACUAACUUGUUUUGUCAUUCUGUGACAUUGUCAAUAAAAACUGAAAUAUGUACAAUGAAUUUAAUGUUUUAUGAAUAUAAUGUAUGCUGUAGUGGUUAUGGUGCCAGGAGUUCCGUUGCCAUUCUAGAACAUAUUGACUUCUUACCAGAGGUCUACCGAGCACCACUUCCUGCCUCCACUACAACUCUCUCAUUGAGCUAAGCUCAGCGCAGAGGGCCAGGUCAUUGGCUGAGAGUGUUUGGCUGACGCUGCAUUGUAGUUCGUUGUUCAGGAGAACAUACAGAAGUGUCGGGCUCUUACUGGCCUGUUGUGAAGGCAGGGAGCGGGUCUCUGCGUACACCGGGUAAGAAGUAAAACUGUUCUAGAAUGGUUUAAUCCUUGCAGUGGUUAUGGUGCUUAGAGCUUUUUUUAGUAAAAUCCGACCCGUCUAUAUUACAUUAUAAGAACAAUGAAGAGAGGACUGAGCUAGAAACAACUGCUUUUAUGCGCUGUGUCUAGUUUACAUACCUGAAUGAAGAAUUAGGAAUAUAGCGCACUGGGGAGAAUCUGCAAUGUAUUAAACAGGGACAAUCCUUGUGGUCACUUAUUUAUUGUGAUAAGAGAUAAUAAAAUGACACUGGUAGUAAACGAAAUAAUGUACAAGGAAAAUAAAUCCAAACACAGUCAAAACAAAUAGUAAGUACACGUUACUGUCUGGCAGGAGACACUUCGCCAGCAAUACUUGAACGGCUGACAUUUCUCUCUCUUCUCUCACAGCUGGUUGAUAUGUUGGACAAUUCAGUUCCCGCUGUGGCCAAACUGAAACGCUUAUUGAAUAAUCUGCCGAGGGAACUCUUACCAGACGUCCUGACAUCCAUAAUCCGGACCACGAAUGAAGAGAAACUGAAGGUCAGGAAUGGCAGGUGCUCUUGGUGCGAUGAAAGGCGGUCAGGACGCCCAGGUCUUCUUAAAACCUAACUUUUAUUGAUGGUCAACGUCAGUGGUGUAUCCUGGUUUUUUGCUGCCCUAGGCAUGACAAAACUCAGGCGCCCCCGCCACCCAUCCGUUCCCCUCUACCCCGCCACCCACCCGUUCCCCUCUACCCCGCCACCCACCCGUUCCCCUCUACCCCGCCACCCACCCGUUCCCCUCUACCCCGCCACCCACCCGUUCCCCUCUACCCCACCUUCUAAAUACACACACACACACAUUCACUGACAGACACGCAUACACUAGCUAACAGACAUACACACUCACUAACAGACACACAGUCACUAGCAGACAUACACACUCACUAACACACAUACAGUCACUAACAGACACGCAUACACUCUCACUAACAGACACACACAUAGUAACACACUCCCUGACAUACACACACUCACUCAUAGACUCACACUCACUAACAGACACACACACACACUCACUCACUAACAGACAGACACACUCACUCACUAAGACACACACACUACCAGACACACACACACACACUACCAGACACUCACUCACUAACGGACACACACUCUGUAGCGGAGAUGCAAUAUUCCCCAGAUUGUCUCCGCUUAUAAUCCAAGUGAGGCUCAGGAACAAGUAAAUAAUAAAUCCAUAGGCAAAGUUUCCAGCAGGUAAAAUAACAGCAAUCUCCCCACAGCAAUCCCAAUAACUGGACGACACACAGUUUCAGGAGCAGAACUGACAAGCCUUUAAUCACAGUCUCCUUAUAAAGCAUGCUCCCAUGCAAGGGAGGGAUUACAGUAAUUAUUACAGUAGCCAAUCCUGUCCUGGUAACCUCCCACACAUCUCCUCCCCUCAGCCAGCAUCAUAAUCCCUUAUCCAGUACACCAAUUCCCCCCGUUUCUGGAUGUACCCCUAAACGUAGGGGUACCUCUUUAAAUCCUACAUCCCCUGGUAGCCCUGAUCUGGGUGAACAACAUAUCCAAAAACCACCCAGAUCAGACCAGGAGUUCGGGAAAAGUAUGGAGGGAAUAAAAUGACCGACCGCACGAACUGAGAUAGCCGAAUUCGGUUCCAUGUGAAUGGGCCCUGCGGUCGGUCCUGGCAUAAGGGAAUAAAAUACACGAAAACCUCUAGCUAUAGAGGCUAGGGAGGGUUCGCCUGAAUCCCCUCGUUCGGUAUUCUCUAUCUAUAGUUUGGAACCGAACGGACCAGGGCUGUGGAGGUCUCAGCGGUGUUCGCCUACUCGAGUGUCCGAUUUUAGUUCCAGACACUCGACGGCUAAACACCGCUGUUCGGGAGUUUUAAAAUGGCCACCGCCACGUGUUCGUUUGUCGAAUGGCGGCCACCCCCGAGAACAAAGGACGGCUACUUACUGUUCAAUUACCCGUUCGCAACAAUGUUGCAACGGGUAAUUGAGGACACACUUCACACAGGGGAGGUCUGGUUGUUCGGUAGUUUCAUUCGAAUAAACUAAGGGAACGAAACUACCGAAUAAUCACAAGAAUACAAGGCUUUAAAACACAUAGGAAACUAACAGAUCACACGAAUGCAAUUAUUUCACAGACAUUUGCAGGACAGCCCAGUGCCAUCCGCUACACACUCACUCACUCACUAACGGACACACACUCACUCACUAACGGACACACACUCACUCACUAACAGACAAACACACACGCUAACACACUCACUUUUUUUUUUUUAAAUUCAACCCCCCAGCCUCCUUACCUUUGGGAAUGCCAGGGGAGGGGAGCAGAGAUUCUCCCUUUACCUGGGGUCCAGUGGGGCUGCUGGGCGGCGCUGGCAAGGGAGCGCUGAUUAGUGAGCUGUCUCUGCUAAGCUCCCUCGCGCGCCGCAGAGUGAUGCCAGGACCCGGAAUAUGACGCGAGGGAGCUGAGCAGAGAGCUCGGGGUAAAGUGCUCCCUCGCCAGCUCCGCCCGCACGACCGGAUUUAUAGUUACAUAGCUGAAAAGAGACUUGCGUCCAUCAAGUUCAGCCUUCCUCACAUAUGUUGUUGCUGUUGAUCCAAAAGAAGGCAAAACACCCAGUCUGAAGCGCUUUCAAUUUUGCAACAAUCUAGGAAAAAUUCCUUCUUGACCCCAAAAUAGCAGUCAGAUGUCUCCUAUUACCCCACUAAUUAGAAAUUAUAUCCCUGUAUGUUAUGUUUUUGCAAGUAUGUAUCCAAUUGCAGUUUAAACAUCUGUAUAGACUCUGACAAAACACCUCUUCAGGCCGAGAAUUACAUAUCCUUAUUGCUCUUACUGUAAAAAAAACUUUUCUUUGUCUUAGAUGAAAUCUCCUUUCUUCCAGCCUAAAUGUGUGACCUUGUGUCCUAUGUAUAGUCCUGUUUAUGAAUAGAUUUCCAGAUAAAGCUUUGUACUGGCCCCGAAUAUAUUUGUAUAAUGUUAUCAUAUCCCCUCUCAGGCGCCGUUUUUCCAAACUAAAGAGGUUUAAUUUUUUUUAACCUUUCUUCAUAACUAAAAUGCUCCAUUCCUUUUAUCAAUUUUGUAGCUUGUCUCUGCACUUUUUCUAGUGCCAUGAUAUCUUUCUUUAGAACAGGCGCCCAAAAUUUCACAGCAUAUUCAAGGUGUGGUCUUUCCAGCGAUUUUAUAAAGAGGCAAAAUUAUAUUUUCAUCCUGAGAAUUUAUGCCCCUAUUUAUACAUGGCAAAACCUUACUGGCCUUAGACACUGCAGAUUGACAUUGCAUAUUGCUGCCUAAUUUGUUGUCUAUAACAAUUCCCAAAUCCUUCUCGUGUGUGGUUAUCCCUAAUUCACUACCAUUUAGGGUGUAAAUUGCUUGUGCAUUCUUAACCCCAAAGUGCAUAACUUUGUAUUUCACUACAUUAAAUUUAAUCUGCCAUUUUAGUGCCCAGUCCCCCAAUCUAUCCAAAUCCCUCUGCAGCAAAGCAAUAUCCUGCUCACAUUUUAUUACUUUACAAAGUUUUGUGUCAUCUGCAAACACUGAUACAUGGCUUUCAAUGCCUAUUUCAAGAUCAUUUAUAAAUAUGUUAAAUAGAAGUGGUCCCAAAACAGAACCCUGAGGGACACCACUUACCACUUUUGUCCAGCCUAAAAAUUUACCAUUAAUGACAACUCGUUGUGCUCUAUCCUUGAGCCAAUGUUCUACCCAAGAACAAGAAUAUUCAUCUAGACCAAUUUCUUUUAGUUUGAAGACUAACCUAUUGUGAGGAACCAUAUCUAAUGCCUUGGCAAAAUCCAAGUAGAUCACAUCCACUGCAACACCCUGAUCUAUACUUCUACUUACUUCUUCGUAGAAUGCAAUUAGGUUAGUUUGACAUGACCUAUCUUUCAUAAAACCAUGCUGAUUAUUGCUAAUAACAAAGUUCUUCCCAAUGAAUUCCUGAAUAUUAUCCCUUAAUAGCCCUUCAAAUAUUUUCCCAGUUACAGAAGUUAAGCUCACAGUUCUAUAAUUUCCAGGCAAGGAUUUUUAACCCUUUUUAAAUAUAGGAACAACAUCUGCCUUCCUCCAAUCCUCAGGUACAAUACCUGAAACAAAAGAAUCUUGAAAAUGUAAAUACAGAGGUUCACUUAUUUCCCCGCUUAGCUCCUUAAGUACUCGUGGGUGGAUUUACAUUCAUUUUUUUUUUAAUACCUGUAGCACCUUGUCUCGCGUUUUCUGCAAGUUUUUUGCAGCAAUCAUUUGCUUAUCUCUUGCCAUAGGAUCCUCAUUAAUAUAUACUGAAGAAAAUAGUUAUUUAAAAUUUCUGCCUUUUCCUGAUCUUCAUUAACUAACAGACCCAUUUCUGUUUUCAGUGUACCUACACUUUCAUUUUAGCCAGGCUAACAAGACAUUUGCCCUGGGCAUUUGGGGCGGCUUUUUUUGCCGCCCCCUGGAAAGUGCCGCCCAAGGCAAAUGCCUUGUUUGCCUCGCGCUAAUACGUCCCUGGUCAACAUAUCAUCACUGGACCCUGGACAGAGGCGUUGGUUUAUGCCGAACCGUUGGGGCAGGAUUUCGGCACUGCUUCUGCUCAGCUUGUCGUUACAUUCUGUUUAUUUGUUUUAUUGAAGGCAUAUCCCUGUGUUGUUGUGAAAUGUUUUUUUUUUUUUUUUUUUUUUUUAUAGUCUAGUUUUUAAUUGGAAUAUUGUGUUGUCUUGCAUUAUAGGGUUUGUUACUAUGUUACACUCAGAUCACUGUGUAUUGUAAACUGACACUUUAACAAUACUCGAAGGUCUUCAUUAAAAUAAAAUGGAAGUUUUAUUUAUGUCAACGCUUGUCCCCUGCUCAUUGUCAGAACAAGAAAACAUUUACUGGCAAAAUGGGUUAAAAUAGAAAAAGAAAACAAAUAGAAUUGUACUCCGUCUUCAUAAAAAUACAAUGGAACAUCAACACAAGUUCUGAUUUAGUUUUAUGAAGACAUUGGAGUACUGUCCUAUUACUUGCAUUGUUUGAAAAACAUUUUUAUGUUAUUAUUAUUAUUAUUGCCCAUUUUGUAAGUAAAUUUCUUUGGAAAUAAAAGUUGCGAAUUAGACUCCCGUAAACCAACCUACCUGUUGAUUUUGUGUCAGAUUCUAGACGCUGUGAGUCUGGAGGAACGUUUUAGGGUUACCAUCCCUCUCUUACUACGGCAGAUUGAAGGGUUAAAACUCCUACAGAAGACGCGGAGCCUGAAAUCGGAUGAUGACAAAAGGGUAAGAGAAGGCUAUUGAUCGUUUUAAUUCAUAUCGGUAAUUAUGUUUGAGUUUCUCGCUGGCCUAUCAAUGGAUGCGCUUCUGAGUAUAGGAAUAUCUUGGCUAAUGACAUCCCAAUGACACUGUUGGAGGAGUUACACCUCCCGCAGCAAAGGGGUUAAAGUCCAUUUGUGCAAUAUUUUCAAAGUAAAAUGAUUAGCCAUCAUGACCACUUCACAUCACGGAUGUAACCCUUUAUAUGAGUGAUGGAGUAGUAAGAGUUACUUUUCCUAACGGUUUCUAGGUGGUCGCUAUUCGGCCCCUGCGGAAGCUCGGAGCCAUUAAUGGGAAACCUUUUUCUUUGGAAAACGCAGAUGAGGAUGAUGAAGAUUCAGAUGACAUCAUUCUCCUUGAGAAGAAAAUCAAAUCGUCCAACAUGCCAGAGCCGGCGCUGAAAGUCUGCGUCAAGGAAAUUAAAAGGUAAAGUGGCGAGGUUUCCCCUCUCCCAGAUUUCAAGGACAUUUACGUUCCCUUUAAACAGUCCUUUUAGAGUAAAGAAUAACUGAGCAUUCUUAAAAAGGAAUAGGUCACUUGAUUCUUAUCACUGAAAUGUAAGUCUAAAAUUGGUGGGUGAAUUGAAACACGAAACUAUGUGAGCGUCCUGCGUGUGAGAAUGGGGGGUUUAUUACUGUAACUAAAUCGGAAUAUAGCAUUCAAGAUAACAAGUAAAAUACGGAAGAUACGUUUAUUGAUAGCUUCCUUUGUUCUUCGUAUCCGUGGUAACUUGGCUAAAAAAGAGAUCUGCGAGUUGCACAGACUGAGACACCUUCCAAAAUAUUCAUGAAAUGCAAAGGACCCAUCACGCCAAUCCACACCAUCACCAACAGAGGGCAGUACACAUGAGCAAAACACGUUAAAACCACCAGAGGGAGCACACUGAAAGUGCACGUAAUAUCUUCAAGUGGGGCUUUUUUUAAAGGUAUAAAUAUUCUGCGAUACACGCUUUAUACCAUUUCCCUUCAGACUUCAUUUUUUUUAUAGUCUAGUUUUUAAUUGGAAUAUUGUGUUGUCUUGCAUUAUAGGGUUUGUUACUAUGUUACACUCAGAUCACUGUGUAUUGUAAACUGACACUUUAACAAUACUCGAAGGUCUUCAUUAAAAUAAAAUGGAAGUUUUAUUUAUGUCAACGCUUGUCCCCUGCUCAUUGUCAGAACAAGAAAACAUUUACUGGCAAAAUGGGUUAAAAUAGAAAAAGAAAACAAAUAGAAUUGUACUCCGUCUUCAUAAAAAUACAAUGGAACAUCAACACAAGUUCUGAUUUAGUUUUAUGAAGACAUUGGAGUACUGUCCUAUUACUUGCAUUGUUUGAAAAACAUUUUUAUGUUAUUAUUAUUAUUAUUGCCCAUUUUGUAAGUAAAUUUCUUUGGAAAUAAAAGUUGCGAAUUAGACUCCCGUAAACCAACCUACCUGUUGAUUUUGUGUCAGAUUCUAGACGCUGUGAGUCUGGAGGAACGUUUUAGGGUUACCAUCCCUCUCUUACUACGGCAGAUUGAAGGGUUAAAACUCCUACAGAAGACGCGGAGCCUGAAAUCGGAUGAUGACAAAAGGGUAAGAGAAGGCUAUUGAUCGUUUUAAUUCAUAUCGGUAAUUAUGUUUGAGUUUCUCGCUGGCCUAUCAAUGGAUGCGCUUCUGAGUAUAGGAAUAUCUUGGCUAAUGACAUCCCAAUGACACUGUUGGAGGAGUUACACCUCCCGCAGCAAAGGGGUUAAAGUCCAUUUGUGCAAUAUUUUCAAAGUAAAAUGAUUAGCCAUCAUGACCACUUCACAUCACGGAUGUAACCCUUUAUAUGAGUGAUGGAGUAGUAAGAGUUACUUUUCCUAACGGUUUCUAGGUGGUCGCUAUUCGGCCCCUGCGGAAGCUCGGAGCCAUUAAUGGGAAACCUUUUUCUUUGGAAAACGCAGAUGAGGAUGAUGAAGAUUCAGAUGACAUCAUUCUCCUUGAGAAGAAAAUCAAAUCGUCCAACAUGCCAGAGCCGGCGCUGAAAGUCUGCGUCAAGGAAAUUAAAAGGUAAAGUGGCGAGGUUUCCCCUCUCCCAGAUUUCAAGGACAUUUACGUUCCCUUUAAACAGUCCUUUUAGAGUAAAGAAUAACUGAGCAUUCUUAAAAAGGAAUAGGUCACUUGAUUCUUAUCACUGAAAUGUAAGUCUAAAAUUGGUGGGUGAAUUGAAACACGAAACUAUGUGAGCGUCCUGCGUGUGAGAAUGGGGGGUUUAUUACUGUAACUAAAUCGGAAUAUAGCAUUCAAGAUAACAAGUAAAAUACGGAAGAUACGUUUAUUGAUAGCUUCCUUUGUUCUUCGUAUCCGUGGUAACUUGGCUAAAAAAGAGAUCUGCGAGUUGCACAGACUGAGACACCUUCCAAAAUAUUCAUGAAAUGCAAAGGACCCAUCACGCCAAUCCACACCAUCACCAACAGAGGGCAGUACACAUGAGCAAAACACGUUAAAACCACCAGAGGGAGCACACUGAAAGUGCACGUAAUAUCUUCAAGUGGGGCUUUUUUUAAAGGUAUAAAUAUUCUGCGAUACACGCUUUAUACCAUUUCCCUUCAGACUUCAUUCACGAUAGCAGUUGGGGCUUGAUGCUCAGUAUUCGCCUGUGGCUUCUCAUUGCACACACACUGUCAGCGUCAUGUGUUCCUCUCUCUUCCAGAUUAAAGAAAAUGCCCCAAUCCAUGCCAGAGUACGCCUUAACCAGGAACUACCUGGAGCUCAUGUCAGAGCUGCCGUGGAGUAAAAGCACCAGAGGUUAGAGAUUUGAUGAUAUGACCAUGUGAUAAUUUGAUGCCCCUGUGAUAAUUUGAUGCCCCUGUGAUAAUUUGAUGCCCCUGUGGUAAUUUGAUGCCCCUGUGAUAAUUUGAUGUCCAUGUGGUAAUUUGAUGCCCCUGUGAUAAUUUGAUGACCAUGUGAUAAUUUGAUGCCCCUGUGAUAAUUUGAUGACCAUGUGAUAAUUUGAUGUCCAAGUGAUAAUUUGAUGUCCAUGUGAUAAUUUGAUGACCAUGUGAAAAUUUGAUGCCCCUGUGAUAAUAUGAUGCCCCUGUGAUAAUUUGAUGCCCCUGUGAUAAUUUGAUGCCCCAAGGAUAAUUUGAUGACCAUGAUAAUUUGAUGCCCUGUGGUAAUUUUGAUGCCCCUGUGAUAAUUUGAUGACCAUGUGAUAAUUUGAUGCCCCUGUGAUAAUUUGAUGUCCAUGUAGUAAUUUGAUGUCCCUGUGAUAAUUUGAUGUCCAUGUGGUAAUUUGAUGCCCCUGUGAUAAUUUGAUGACCAUGUGAUAAUUUGAUGCCCCUGUGAUAAUUUGAUGUCCAUGUAGUAAUUUGAUGUCCCUGUGAUAAUUUGAUGUCCAUGUGGUAAUUUGAUGCCCCUGUGAUAAUUUGAUGCCCCUGUGAUAAUUUGAUGACCAUGUGAUAAUUUGAUGCCCCUGUGAUAAUUUGAUGUCCAUGUGGUAAUUUGAUGUCCAUGUGGUAAUUUGAUGUCCAUGUGGUAAUUUGAUGACCCUGUGCUAAUUUGAUGACCAUGUGGUAAUUUGAUGCCCCUGUGGUAAUUUGAUGCCCCUGUGAUAAUUUGCUGUCCAUGUGAUAAUUUUAUGCCCCUGUGAUAAUUUGAUGCCCCUGUGAUAAUUUGAUGCCCCUGUGAUAAUUUGAUGUCCAUGUGGUAAUUUGAUGCCCCUGUGAUAAUUUGAUGCCCCUGUGAUAAUUUGAUGUCCAUGUGGUAAUUUGAUGCCCCUGUGAUAAUUUGAUGACCAUGUGAUAAUUUGAUGCCCUGUGAUAAUUUGAUGACCAUGUGAAAAUUUGAUGCCCCUGUGAUAAUUUGAUGUCCAAGUGAUAAUUUGAUGUCCAUGUGAUAAUUUGAUGACCAUGUGAAAAUUUGAUGCCCCUGUGAUAAUAUGAUGACCAUGUGAUAAUAUGAUGACCAUGUGAUAAUUUGAUGCCCCUGUGAUAAUUUGAUGCCUCGUGAUAAUUUGAUGACCAUGUGAUAAUUUGAUGCCCCUGUGAUAAUUUGAUGUCCAUGUGAUAAUUUGAUGACCAUGUGAUAAUUUGAUGCCCCUGUGAUAAUUUGAUGCCCCUGUGAUAAUUUGAUGUCCAUGUGGUAAUUUGAUGCCCCUGUGAUAAUUUGAUGACCAUGUGAUAAUUUGAUGCCCCUGUGAUAAUUUGAUGUCCAUGUAGUAAUUUGAUGUCCCUGUGAUAAUUUGAUGUCCAUGUGGUAAUUUGAUGCCCCUGUGAUAAUUUGAUGACCAUGUGGUAAUUUGAUGCCCCUGUGAUAAUUUGAUGCCCAUGUGAUAAUUUGAUGCACCUGUGAUAAUUUGAUGCCCCUGUGAUAAUUUGAUGUCCAUGUGGUAAUUUGAUGACCAUGUGGUAAUUUGAUGACCCUGUGCUAAUUUGAUGACCCUGUGCUAAUUUGAUGCCCCUGUGAUAAUUUGAUGCCCCUGUGAUAAUUUGAUGCCCCUGUGAUAAUUUGCUGUCCAUGUGAUAAUUUGAUGCCCAUGUGGUAAUUUGAUGCCCAUGUGGUAAUUUGAUGCCCCUGUGAUAAUUUGAUGCCCAUGUGAUAAUUUGAUGCACCUGUGAUAAUGUCCAUGUGGUAAUUUGAUGACCCUGUGCUAAUUUGAUGACCCUGUGGUAAUUUGAUGACCCUGUGGUAAUUUGAUGUCCAUGUGGUAAUUUGAUGCCCAUGUGGUAAUUUGAUGCCCAUGUGGUAAUUUGAUGCCCCUGUGAUAAUUUGAUGCCCAUGUGAUAAUUUGAUGCACCUGUGAUAAUUUGAUGUCCAUGUGGUAAUUUGAUGACCCUGUGCUAAUUUGAUGACCCUGUGGUAAUUUGAUGUCCAUGUGGUAAUUUGAUGCCCCUGUGAUAAUUUGCUGUCCAUGUGAUAAUUUGAUGCCCAUGUGGUAAUUUGAUGCCCAUGUGGUAAUUUGAUGCCCCUGUGAUAAUUUGAUGUCCAUGUGAUAAUUUGAUGACCAUGUGAUAAUUUGAUGCCCCUGUGAUAAUUUGAUGCCCAUGUGAUAAUUUGAUGCACCUGUGAUAAUUUGAUGUCCAUGUGGUAAUUUGAUGACCCUGUGCUAAUUUGAUGACCCUGUGCUAAUUUGAUGACCCUGUGGUAAUUUGAUGUCCAUGUGGUAAUUUGAUGUCCAUGUGGUAAUUUGAUGCCCCUGUGAUAAUUUGCUGUCCAUGUGAUAAUUUGAUGCCCAUGUGAUAAUUUGAUGCCCAUGUGAUAAUUUGCUGACCAUGUGAUAAUUUGAUGCCCCUGUGGUAAUUUGAUGCCCCUGUGGUAAUUUGAUGUCCAUGUGAUAAUUUGAUGACCAUGUAAUAAUUAGCCUGCUGGCCCCAGAAGCCAUUCUCUCUGGAGUCCCAGCUUGUACUUUAUACAUAGACCCAGCGAGCUGGUUUAUUCAUUCCCAGCUAGUCCGUUACUGAGGGUCUCGUACUGGGAAGUAAAAUCCGGUUUUAUUGGCAGUUUGCUCAGCCUGUUAGCUCUGCCUACGGGAAAGGCCGACUGAAUUGUAUAGUUACUUUACUGAAGUAAUAUUUUAUGUAAUUUCCCUAACUAUCAUUGUUUUAUGUUGUAUUUUAGAUACGUUGAUUUGAGAGUAUUUUGUGGAUUUCCGUUUGCGCAGGAGCGAUUUACUGAGUGACAUAACCUAUUCCACAGAUAAUCCAAUUCUCCUAACAUGAGAAUCCACACACGACCUCUGAGUAUCAUCCAAGCUCCCCGUGUCCUGUGUCCCAUAUAGGCACACCCUGUAAAUAAAUGGAAUGCAGUCCAAUACAUGCUUUCUAUAAAGAAUUAGAAGUAAUGGAUGUCACUGUGAUAUGAAGGCCCAGGCACACUGAUAUGCAGUGUAUAACUGGAGUGAUUCUCUGCCUAUCCUGUAUUUUACCCAACAGUCAGAAGCGCAGGAUAAAUGUACCGAAGCCAUGUUUUGAUGGUCUGAUGGUGCAGUGAGCAGCCCCCGGCCGCUAUAAAACUUCCUGGAGAUGUGUGUUUGGUCUUAUUUAAAAGUGGUGUUUAAUUUAUUUAGUUAUUUUUAUUCUAUUCUCUGUAUAAAUGACAUAAACCUCUAUAAAACCAAUUUUUGUCUGUACCUGGUGGGUGCUAGCUGGUAUACAGAUUACAUUUUGCACUCCCCAUAAGCCUGGAAAGAAGACUGGAGGGGGCAGGGUUGAACACCCCUGAGGGUACCAACGUUUGGCGUUUCAGUACGUUAAUCCAAGCGGUUUUCUUUUUGAAGUCUCUGUGUGUCCGUCUUUGGCGGUUUAUUAACUAAAAUGCAAAUUGUGAGCUGGAAGCUGGAUUUAGGCUAAAUAUCAGAGCUAUAGGUUAAUUGGAUCAUUUUCCAGAUCGGCUACGUUCGCUUACAUUGUAUCUGUUUGUUUUUUCUGUUUAUGAUUUUGGGGUGUUUAAUGAAUAAGCCCUAUAGAACAUGCAGGAGAAGGAAGCUAGCAACGCGCCCAAUAAAAUCCGUUCUAAACGCUUUAUCUGCUGCCUUUCAAUCAAUAUAUGGUCACACUGUUUCCAUGACACUUUAUUAGGUUUGCGUUAUGGAUUUGUGUCCUGGGAUCAUCAUUCAGGGAUCCUAAUUGGGCCUCAAACCCCCAGCAUUACAGAUGGCAUGGAGGUACAAUGGGGGAUACUUUAAAUAUCUAUCUACUUUUAAUAGCAAUAUUAGUCUGUGUAGGAAAAUGAUCAACCAGCCUGUAGGGGGCAGCAGAUGGCAAUUGUUACAUAAUGUGUUUACCAAACCCUUGCUGGACUCUGCUUAUCGUCCCAUUGGGUCAGAUAGCAGGACAGCUACAGUGAUACUGUCCAACCUGCGCCUCUAUCUCUCAAUAACAGAACAUUAUUAUACAGUUUUGUUUGGGCUGAAUUUAGGGGACAUACAGAAUAAAGGAUAACUGAUGGACCGGUAAAAUAAUGAAAGAUCCGAUUGAUCAAUGUUUAUAGAAUCCUCGUUCUGAUCUGAAGGGAUCCAGGGCCGGACUGGGAACUAAAAGCAGCCCAGGAAAAAAUUCUAUACCAGCCCAAUAAUGGCAUCGCGCCAGCACAGGCGAAAAUGCUUCCCCCCCCCCCCCAAAACACACACACAAAUAAUGAAUAUUCUCUUGUGUUUUAACCCCCUUUGGAAUCUCUUGCCGGUUUUUGUGUCUUUAUUCCUUUCUUUUUUUUUUUUUUUUACUUCGUUUCGUGUAUCUUGUCUCCAAUUUUUCUCCUUUCUGUGUCUUUCAACUUCCCUUGUGUAUCUUUUACUUAAUCCCAGCCCCUGUGUGUCUCUUUUUACCCUUCUCCAGCCUCUGUAUGUCUUCCCCCCAGCCCCUUUUGUGUGUGUCUAUGUCCCCCCAACAAACUUUCUUAGUGUCUCUAUCUCCCCACAGUCCCUCUAUGUGCAUCUUUCUCCCCCAGCCCAGCUUUGCUCCCACAAACCUUUUGUGUGUCACUUUGUCCCCCUCCCUUCUGUAUGUCUCUUUGUCCCCUCAACAAACCUUCCGUGUGUCUGUUUGUCUCCCCCUAGUCCCUCUGUGUGCCUCUUUCUUCCCGCAGCCCCACUGUGUGCCUUUUUCUUCCCUUAGCCCCUCUGUGUGCCUCUUUCUCCCCCUCACUGCUCCUCUGUGUGUCUCUUUUCCUCCUCUGUCUCUUUCUCCCCCUGUCUCCCCCCUCCUCCUGUGUCUCUGUCUUCUCUCUGCCUUCCCCCGUGACCCCCUCCCCGUGUGUCUCUCUUUCUCAGUGUCUCCCUCCUCCUCAUGUGUGUCUCUUCCCCUUCUUUCUCCACCACUCCCCCUCUCUCUCUUCUCCCCAUUACCCCUCUGUCGCUCUUCUCCCCCCCUACCCCUCUGUCUCUCUUCUCCCCCCCCUCUGUCCUCGCUUCCUCCCACCCCACUACCCUCACCAUUAUAUAGCUUCCCCACUUUUGCGCUCUGUCUCUUUUUUCUCCCACGCACACCCUCUGUCCAUAUAGCUGCCACACUACCCUCUGUCUCUCUUCUCCUCCCCUCCCCCUCUGUCUCUCUUCUCCUCCACUACCCCUCUGUCUCUCUUCUCCUCCACUACCCCUCUGUCUCUCUUCUCCUCCACUACCCCUCUGUCUCUCUUCUCCUCCACUACCCCUCUGUCUCUCUUCUCCUCCACUACCCCUCUGUCUCUCUUCUCCUCCACUACCCCUCUGUCUCUCUUCUCCUCCACUACCCCUCUGUCUCACUCUUCCCCCUGUGUGUCUCUCUUCUCCUCCACUACCCGUGUGUCUCUCUUCUCCUCCACUACCCCUCUGUCUCUCUUCUCCUCCACUACCCGUGUGUCUCUCUUCUUUCACUCCCUCCUGUCCUCUCUCUUACUCCUCCACUACCCCUCUGUCUCUCUUCUCCCUCCACUUUACCCUCUAUUCUCUCUUCUCCUCCACUUGCCCCUACCCUCUGUCUCUCUUCUCCUCCACUACCCCUCUGUCUCACUCUUCCCCCUGUGUGUCUCUCUUCUCCUCCCCUCCCCCUCUGUCUCUCUUCUCCUCCACUACCCCUCUGUCUCUCUUCUCCUCCACUACCCCUCUGUCUCUCUUCUCCUCCACUACCCCUCUGUCUCUCUUCUCCUCCACUACCCCUCUGUCUCUCUUCUCCUCCACUACCCCUCUGUCUCUCUUCUCCUCCACUACCCCUCUGUCUCUUUCUCCCCCUCCCAUUUCUCCCCUUCACUACCCCCUGAGGCUGACCUGUGCAAUCCAGCAUGGACACAUCAUUGAGUAAUCACUACUCUAUGAUGUGGCUGUGCUGGGAAUUGUGGGAACCACAAGGGAGGAUGACCGUCAGGUCUGCCCCCUCCCUCAGUCCUCCUGUGUCAUCUGACAGCUGCAAGGCUGUCAGUAUUAGUGAGUGUGCUGCCGGACUGGCUAAGCGGCCGGCGGCAUCUCCAUAUGUUACAUGAGAUGCGACCACCAGCCGCGUUCAAUAGUUACAUUGCGGCUGGUGGCCGCAUCUCAUGUAAAACAUGGAGGUGCCGCCUAGCCAGUCCAGCGGCACACUCACUAAUACUGACAGCCUUGCAGCCCCCUCAGUGUGCCACCGGACCAGCCUCCUGGCGGCACCUACACGCGGCCCGCGACCGCAAUGUUACUAAGGCUGGCCGCAGGGCUCCCUCUCUAUUGGAGGGAAGAAUCAGCGCUGUGCAGCCCCCAGGUGCCGCAGCCAAAGAUAACAUUCUGUGUACUGUGUGGGCCGCUAUGUGUAUACACAGUAUACACACGGCUCGGUGUGGCAGUUCAGUAAUUACUAUCCUCGGUAAUAGCCAUGCAUCCUGCGGUCUGUGUGUCACAUGGCUGAUCGUCUGAUAUCUGUGUCACGCACAAUAGCCGAGCACUGACUGCAGUGAUUGUUCGUUGAACUCUGUCUGAAUUCCUGGCCUGUUUGUGACUGUGGGAGGAUCACAAGUCGGCCAUACAUGCCUGGCUUUAUAAGUGAGCUCCAUACUGGCACAUGACCAGGGGGUGCUAUAUCCACAGAUUGUAACCCUGUAAGUGCCAAGUUGGGGGGCAUACAUGGCCUGAUUAUUAAUGGCUUGUCUAGUCUACAUACUCUAUAUAUUGCCAGCGCUGGGUGUGGAAUGAUCUGGGCACAUGUAAUCUACACCUUCUGUGCCAGCUGUGAAAUCUGACCUGGAUCCCAGAGCUAGCUAUCUGCCGUCUCACUUGGAAUAGUUAUGCGUCCUUUAUUUUCGUGGUUUGCGUUUAAAAUGUUCCAAAGAUAACAUUCCCACAAAUGCUGAUUUCCUUUUUCAUGGAGGUCUGCGUUUCACCAUUAUUUCAGGAAAGAAAAUAAAACUCAGAGAGUGGCAGAAAGCGGAGGGGCUGGGGUGCUGCCAAAUCAUUGUUUUUGCAAAGCAAGGAGUAAACCGUGUAUCCAAGCGGAGAGCCUCAUUCUGCUCUGUACAGCAAAGCAAAAUAACCCAGACUGGCUUCCCAGGGGAAAGGCUGACAUUCCAGCGUGUGACAGAGAUACAGCAAAUCCGCCCUCGCCUGUACGACUGAAUACUGUGCCAGACUAACACUACUAAAUUCAUUCCUAGCGUUUAAUAUCCCGGUGUACACGCUACAGAUCCUCACUCACACAUCCGCUACAGGCUUUAUUUGGGUCUAAAUUACAAUUCUAUAUAUAAAUAUAUUAUAGCGUCAACAUACUCCUCAGCAAUGUACGAUAGCGCACAAGAUAAAAACAUUUAAAUCUAACAAAACGUGUGACAUACGAGAAGAGUAGGUGAAGAGGGUCCUGCCCAAACAGAGCGUAUGCUCUAUUUGGCAACUUCCCCAAAUUGAGAAAUAGUUUCUGUUCUUUUUAGGAUAAGAGACCUUAAACAUGAAAGAAAAAUCCGACCAUUGUCCACGUGAUUUCAUGGAAUUUCCUAAGGUUAAAUAUUUAAAUUAUUGUUAAUAGUUCUAUUAGCUAUGGAAGCAGGGCUCCUACAGUAUUUAAGUAAUAACUUUAAGAUUCAAAACUUAUGUAUCCUAUCCAGUCUUACUGAUCACCAUGACGGCAGAGUACAGAGUGAUCACCAUGACGGCAGAGUACAGAGUGAUCACCAUGACGGCAGAGUACAGAGUGAUCACCAUGACGGCAGAGUACAGAGUGAUCACCAUGACGGCAGAGUACAGAGUGAUCACCAUGACGGCAGAGUGAUCACCAUGACGGCAGAGUGAUCACCAUGACGGCAGAGUGAUCACCAUGACGGCAGAGUGAUCACCAUGACGGCAGAGUGAUCACCAUGACGGCAGAGUGCAGCGUGAUCACCAUGACGGCAGAGUGCAGCGUGAUCACCAUGACGGCAGAGUACAGAGAAAUCAGGGCUUUCGGGGCCGUGAGAGGAAAUAGUAUAGUAUCUCUGAGAAAUCGUAUUUAUUGCUUUUCUAAACAGAUCUGUAAAUGCAACAUCACUGUGCAAGCAAUGGUGUCACCAAACCUGACUGGCCUGCCAUCCGCUGAACAAGCAAUAUGAGCGCUCCCUGUACUCUCCUUCAUUUCCCUGCAAUAUGUUAUUAGCGUAAAGCAUGGCACUGCCCGUAUGUUCUCUCUUUAAUUGCUGACUAACAAUUGCAGAUUGAAAGCGUGUGUAGCUAUAUAUGUGUUUAUUCCUUUAACAUGCUGUAACGGAUUAUUCUAAUUGCCGGCAGAUCGCCUGGAUAUCCGAGCUGCCAGAGUUCUUUUGGAUAACGAUCACUAUGCCAUGGCAAAACUGAAAAGGAGAGUCCUGGAGUAUCUAGCGGUCAGACAGCUCAAAAACAACCUGAAAGGACCAAUCCUUUGCUUCGUGGGACCCCCUGGGGUGGGGAAAACUAGUGUUGGCCGAUCCAUUGCAAAAACGCUGGGCAGAGAAUUCCACCGGAUUGCAUUGGGUGGAGUGUGCGACCAGUCAGACAUCCGAGGACACAGGUAGGUGGGCGUAUCUACUUAUUCCUUUCUAUAUCUCCUCAUUCACCUAUUGUGUGCAUUCUCUAUUAUCACAUUAUUCCUGUGCGCAUUCUCUAUUAUCACAUUAUUACUGUGCGCAUUCUAUAUUAUCACAUUAUUACUGUGCGCAUUCUAGAUUAUCACAUUAUUACUGUGCGCAUUCUAGAUUAUCACAUUAUUACUGUGCGCGCUCUAUAUUAUCACAUUAUUACUGUGCGCAUUCUAUCUUAUCACAUUAUUAAUGUGCGCAUUUUAUAUUACCACAUUAUUACUGUGCGCGCUCUAUAUUAUCCCAUUAUUACUGUGCGCAUUCUAUGUUAUCCCAUUAUUACUGUGCGUAUUCUAUACUAUCACAUUAUUACUGUGUGCAUUCUAUAUUAUCACAUUAUUACUGUGCGCACUCUAUAUUAUCAUAUUAUUACUGUGUGCAUUCUAUAUUAUCCCAUUAUUCCUGUGUGCAUUCUAUAUUAUCACAUUAUUACUGUGCGCAUUCUAUACUAUCACAUUAUUCCUGUGUGCAUUCUAUAUUAUCACAUUAUUACUGUGCGCACUCUAUAUUAUCAUAUUAUUACUGUGUGCAUUCUAUAUUAUCCCAUUAUUCCUGUGUGCAUUCUAUAUUAUCACAUUAUUACUGUGCGCAUUCUAUACUAUCACAUUAUUCCUGUGUGCAUUCUAUAUUAUCACAUUAUUACUGUGCGCACUCUAUAUUAUCAUAUUAUUACUGUGUGCAUUCUAUAUUAUCCCAUUAUUCCUGUGUGCAUUCUAUGUUAUCCCAUUAUUACUGUGCGCAUUCUAUACUAUCACAUUAUUCCUGUGUGCAUUCUAUAUUAUCACAUUAUUACUGUGCGCGCUCUAUAUUGUCAUAUGAUUACUGUGCGCGUUCUAUAUUAUCACAUUAUUCCUGUGCGCAUUCUCUAUUAUCCCAUUAUUACUGUGCUCGCUCUAUAUUAUCCCAUUAUUACUGUGCACACUCUAUAUUAUCCCAUUAUUACUGUACGCGCUCUAUAUGAUCCCAUUAUUACUGUGAGCGCUCUGUUAUCCCAUUAUUACUGUGCGCGCUCUAUAUUAUCCCAUUAUUACUGUGCGCACUCUAUAUUAUCCCAUUAUUACUGUGAGCGCUCUAUGUUAUCCCAUUAUUACUGUGCGCGCUCUAUAUUAUCCCAUUAUUACUGUGCCCACUCUAUUAAUUCACUGUGUAUUCUCUAUCUUUUGUUAGUAUGACACGUUUCUGUGCUCUGUGUAUGUUCUAUGGUGUGCCUCUGUAUACAGUAUUGGUGAGCCCCGGUCAGUACACUAUACCAUACGUAGAAUGUGGGGUAAUUCAUUGAAAGCCUUGGGAGACACGCACUGCAGAACCCCAAGAUCUAGAAAGAUUCUUUGGGAUUAUUAUAUAAAGAUUACGUUUUUAUAGCUUGACAGAAGGCGUGGUAUUUACAAGUUUCCAGGUUUCUCAUGUAAAACUCCACGAUACACAGAAUGUACCAGAAACAUGUGAGAUAUAACGUCUCCAAGGGUAACCGUUCUGCAGGGAGCCGCUAUUAUCCCUGUCUAAUUUUAUGAAGAGCAUGUGGCAAUGUUCAUCCACACUGAGCCACUACCUGCUGUGAAUAGCAGAACACCAGUCAUUGUGUGCCCAUCGAUCAUUCUUGGAUAGGAUUUCAGACUGUCUGCUUAUAUAGAGAUUAUACCCUCAUACGUCUCAUGUCUGUCCAUCGUGUCCCCCUCGUACGUCUCAUGUCUGUCUAUCGUGUCCCCCUCAUAGGUCUCAUGUCUGUCUAUCGUGUCCCCCUCAUAGGUCUCAUGUCUGUCUAUCGUGUCCCCCUCAUAGGUCUCAUGUCUGUCCAUCGUGUCCCCCUCAUAGGUCUCAUGUCUGUCCAUUGUGUCCCCCUCAUAGGUCUCAUGUCUGUCCGUCGUGUCCCCCUCGUACGUCUCAUGUCUGUCCAUCGUGUCCCCCUCUUACGUCUCAUGUCUGUCCAUCGUAUCCCCCUCGUACGUCUCAUGUCUGUCCGUCGUGUCCCCCUCGUACGUCUCAUGUCUGUCCGUCGUGUCCCCCUCGUACGUCUCAUGUCUGUCCGUCGUGUCCCCCUCGUACGUCUCAUGUCUGUCCGUCGUGUCCCCCUCGUACGUCUCAUGUCUGUCCGUCGUGUCCCCCUCGUACGUCUCAUGUCUGUCCGUCGUGUCCCCCUCGUACGUCUCAUGUCUGUCCGUCGUGUCCUCCUCGUACGUCUCAUGUCUGUCCGUCGUGUCCCCCUCGUACGUCUCAUGUCUGUCCGUCGUGUCCCCCUCGUACGUCUCAUGUCUGUCCGUCGUGUCCCCCUCGUACGUCUCAUGUCUGUCCAUCGUGUCCCCCUCAUACGUCUCAUGCCUGUCCAUUGGUUCGACGGAGGACAAGCUAUCGUUUUAUGGCUUUUGCUAAAUUCUUGGUGCUUGUGGCUGUUUACCUAAAUUACAGCUUAAUGUGAACUGAACUCAUUGCUGACAUGUUUUUUUAAGAUAUGAACAAUGAAGAGCACAUGCUGGGAAAAAUGCUCAGUGGAUCGAUGAUUGUUUUAGCUGUAGAGCAAUUAGCAGGAACAUUCCAUUGGUUUCCAUGGUGAUUACGACAGCUGUGGAACAAUCAGCAGGAACAUUCCAUUGGUUUCCAUGGUGAUUGUAUCAGCUGUGGAGCAAUCAGCAGGAACAUUCCAUUGGUUUCUAUGGUGAUUUGUUGCAGUUGUAGAGCAAUCAGCAGGAACAUUCUAUUGGUUUCUAUGGUGAUUACCCCAGAAUUGUUCUUUAAAACUAACCCCAGGAUUCCUAACAGAUGCCUUUCUGUCCCAACUAUAGUCAUUUCUAUCUGUAAUCGUUUAAACAUCUCAUUGCUCUUGGCGUGGAGCCAUCUUAGAAUUGAACUGCACAGAAGGUAAAUAGAAAGGCUUUGUCUAUAAAGGAAUAUUAGGUGUUGCGUCACUAACGGUAAUAAAGUUCCUGGCAGAGUAGGGUCCGGGUGCAGGUUGUCAUGUUUCCGCCACCCGGGAAACUCUGCUACUAAUGAACUUCUGGGAAAAACACCAAAAGGGUUAUUGUGAAUAUCCCUGACAACCUUCCUGGCCAAAUGCAGCUGCACAUGUAUUAUUUUAGGUGGCAAAAGAAACAUACAUUGGCAUGUGGUGGAGGCUAGCUGUUGUGCCUUGUUGGACCUUGGUUGUCCAGCGGCCCAUUUGGUGCAGAUGGAAUGUCUGAUUGACGUGUGAUGUAACGCUCCUCGUACAGAAGGUGCUGUAUAUAACACGCUCUGUAUUAACAAACACAACGUUCCACACAGCUGGAUAAACUUGUUAAAAGAUAAGUACUUCUCUCUGAGAGACGUCACAGAGCUUCGCUUACUAUCAGAGCAACCACUGAAAAUUAAACUGAAAAAGGUCUGAAUUUCUCUUAUCUAAUCCAGGAUCCCCCCUCGCUGAAUCCGGGGGGUUGGGGGGCUAGCAUUUAAUACAGAUUCUGGGUGAUUCUCCCAAUGAUCUAUAUUCAUUUCUCCCAAACUGGUUGAUUGUUAAUGUAACCAUAGAGAUGUACCAAGCAUUUAUCAAUUUUUAUACCAGAAGGAGAACCUAAUACAGAUUCCUGCAGGACAUAUCUGAUUUAGAUUGUAAGCUCUUGUGGAGGAGCCUAUGGUCAUUACUAGCAGAGCAAUCCUGUUAAAACAGACUUUUUCAGUAUCUUUGGAAGAAUUUUUUUAUUAUAAGUGUUGAAUUAUUCCCUGGCCACAGCGCUGCAGUAUGUGUGCAAUGUCCAUGUCUGUAUCACAGAGCUUACACUCUAAUGAUGACGACUCCUGUACAUUAUGCAUUAGCCAUGUUUAUUGUAUAGUGUGUUGUUUCCGAAGCCCUGUUCACUGUCUGUAACGUUUUUACUCAUUUUUCUUAUGCUUGCUGCAGGCGCACGUAUGUUGGCAGCAUGCCCGGCCGUAUCAUCAACGGGUUAAAGACUGUUGGGGUGAAUAACCCGGUUUUCCUCCUGGAUGAAGUUGAUAAGUUGGGGAAGAGUUUACAGGGGGAUCCGGCAGCCGCCUUGCUGGAGGUGAGUCUCUGUUAGUAUCCUGGGUAGUGGUGGGGCCCCUCGAUGUCAGGAGAAGUGAUAAGGCCAGUUAGAUUGUAAAUUCUGUUUCUGAUGUCUGUAAAUAGCUGCAUCUGUCACACCUCGAGAGCAGUAACAGGACUGUGUAAUUUGUAUUAUUAGAGUUUACACAAGUCUAAUUAUAAAAAUGCAUUCCAAAAUCACAAGUCAACCACUGCAAAUCAUGCAGAUUACGGGCUGCAAUAUGCUUUAGAGGACCCUUUUUUAAAAAAAAUUAUUUUUCUGUAACAAUUUCCCUCUGCGAGAUCUCUUAAAACUGCCAGCUUCACAGUGGCUAGGAAGUGGCGGAACAUUUUUCAGCCAAUCGGUGCUCUACAUACACAUUUAUAGUUACAUUGAAAUUGUACGUGAAAUUACAUUGUGUGAAGUCCUAGCACCGAUCAUGGGGUCAUAACGCACUCAGACCAACGCUGUAGGUGCGCGAACGUACUGUUUGCACACAGAUACCUCUCUUUUUGUAGCUGCCAUCAGCAAGCCGUAACAGGUUGAGAAAUGGCGCAGAAGGAGGAGUUAAUUUCUAUGGUUUCUUCUAUCUCCAGAGCGCGCACCGCGCGUGAUAUCUCCAGAGCGCGCACCGCGCGUGAUAUCUCCAGAGCGCGCACCGCGCGUGAUAUCUCCAGAGCGCGCACCGCGCGUGAUAUCUCCAGAGUACCCGUUACACUGUGUGUAUGAUAGCUCCAGCGUACACAUGGCACGGUUUGCCGCGCAUUUCCCGUGAGCUGCUAUUUCUGUCUGGUUUGUAGUUGGGUGAUUCCUCUGAUCAUUUUCAUCUUACUCCUACAUCCCAUCAUAGACACACAAUGUCAGAGAGGAAGUGGGGGAGUUUUGGAACAAAUGAAAUCUGGGGAGGCUGAAUCGUGGGCUUUGUGUAAAACUGAAAUUGUCUGAUCGAAUUUCAGCACUUAAACUGUGUUAAGAGCAUUAGAGGCUGGGCCAUAGGACAAUUAUAGGAAAAUUAGCAGAGCUCACUUUUUAUAUGGUGUAUCCUUAUUAUUCAUUGUUCUAUAAUUUCUGUAUUAUACAGAGUGUGGUCUGACCCCUACUAACUCUGUAUUGUAAGCCUUCGUAUGAUAUUACAUAGAGUCCAUUAAAUGGUUCUUUCCGCCCCUUGUAUAAACCUGAUAUUUCUGUGACGUCAUCAAUAUUUAAAUAUUAUUUUAUUAUUUAUAUAGCGCCAGCAAAUUCCAUAGCGCCAUACAAUGGGAAUAUUAAUUCGCUUAAGGGGAUAUCCUGUUCCCAGUGUGGAAUCAACCUAGGAAAUCGCUCUGACCAUACAAAACUCACAUCUUCAUAUCUGUGUUUGAGUGACGUAAAGAAGGGAUAUGGAGAGAUUGCCACAUCUCCAUGAGAACGAGACUAAUUAAUCAAUAAAGUAAUCGAUCAAUAAACUGGAUAUAAUGGUUUCCGUGGAAGACCUAGAAUACAGGUUAUCCUACUAGAUCCCGUUAGAACGUGUGUGAAAUGCUUUUCAUUGUGGUAAUUACAGAGCACCAACUUGUGCCACGGCGCUGAAUGUUGUCUUUGUAUUUAAUAACCCCCCCAGCUCCCCAGGGGGAUUGCUGUGAACUGACUAUUAUUUGCUCCUGUUGAGCUUUGUGUAGAAGUUGUGUCUGGCCCUGGGGGCCCCUGAAUCAGCAGCUGGUCUUGAUCUAACUCUAUUUGUUUGUUUCCUGCACGCUUAUUUCUAACGUUCCAAACUGCUAACGUGGGAUUAUGGACACAGCCAGUCCAUUCCACAUCAGAGGAUAGAUCCCGAGAUCUGCCAUGCCCCCACUUCUUUACUGAUAAUCUUGGUUGGCUUUUCAGAAGCUAAGCUCUCAUUCUGCCAAGCUCACUAUUGACUGGAUAAGAGUGCUGAUAGUUGCCCCUGGUUUAGUAUGCCUGCUGGUCAUACUCUUUGCACCCUGUGCGGCUGUUUACGCAGCUGCCUCCGAGGUCCUCAGGUUACCAUGCGAUGAUGUGAACGCCGUGAAAUGCGAUCUUUUCAUUGGCUUCAAACACAGAGACGAUGACGGCCAGUGUGUCAGUGUGUGCACCCAGGACUUGGUUUAUACAGUGUGGGCGUUGCAGCCAGGCCUCCAACAUAUUCUGAUAUACAGCUAAACAUUGUCUACCAAGAAUUUGGGUUUAUCUAUUAACUCGCUCUCUUAUUUGCAUCCUACUCCAGCCAUUCUUGUCCCCAGACCUGAGUGAGCAGUGAUUGUGUGUUGACGUUGUGCAUUCUGUGUGGAUUCAGGGCACUAUAAGAGCAUAUAAAGCGACAGACACACUAGAUUGGCCGACGUGCUAUAGCAGCCCCGGUGUGUUAUGUCUUGUACAAGCUAUAUAAGUGGGAUCCAGUAAUCUGCCCUGUCAGUGUACUUUCAAAUCCUUUUAUUUGCAUGUGUUUAUAAAUAGAGCUUGUGUGAGGAGGGGGAUCUGUCAUUUUUGCAUGUUUUCAAUCCAAAGAAUGAUUUUUUUCACAUGACAUGAAAUAGAAUUGCUCACAGUGUAAAGAUGUGCAAGCUCAAAGCCAGUUCUGAGAAUUCUCAGCUUAGUAAAUAAACCCAGAGUGGAGUCCUAACAUGUAAACCUACCAGUAUUGCUUGCAGAAUAUUAGCAGAACUUUCUGGUCUGUGAUUAAAUGGCAAACAUGGCCAGUACAUGUGACAAUGUCGCUGGAAUUCCUCUUACUUCCUGUCCUCGAAGUCAUUAAGGAAAACAAAUUAUCUUCCUGUUUGCCAUCUCCACUGAACAACCAGGACAUUGUUCUAAUUUUAGGUGACCUUUUUUUAUACUUUUCAGAAGGGCGUAUUGCAUCCAAGUGUUCAACAGAGAGGGUGUUUAUUCCCCGUUAGACGGUGCGAGUGGAGAGACAGGCCAUUCCGUUUAAUAAGUCUUUCCGAUCUCGGAAGUUAUAAAAUAUUACACACUGAGCGUUGUGUGUUUUUGGGGAACACUCUGCCGGCGCUGGUAACUGCAACAUAUUCAUACGGUGCCAGAAAGGCUCUUUUCAGUUAAUCCUCCCAAAUUGCCUUCUCUCCAUACAUGCAUAUUCUGCUUUAUACCAUACACUAAAAGUCAUGUGUUGGGAUUUUAAGAUGCUCACAACUUUGCCUUGGCAAAUGCAUGUUGUGUUUGUAUCGUUCUUGAAUGUUCAUCGAAUGCAGGAAACUUUUUUUAAACCCUAUGGGGUGCACAAAACGUUAGCAUUAUCGGUGUUUCCCAGAGGUUCUGUUGUGGUCAUUUUGUAUAUUUAUUUAUCAUGUCUUAUCUAGAGUGCUUUAUAAUUUAUUAAAAAAUAACACUGGUAAUUGUACAAACGGGAUACAUGAUUGGACACACUGAAACAAAAGGAAUAGAGAGCCCUGCCAGUGAGCUUACAAUCUAGAGGGGAGAAAAUUCAGUAAUCAGUCAGAAAUCCAGACUGGGUAUGACUGAUAUAGUGGGGGUACGGCUGCCCUCUGUGAUUUGAAAUAAUAUGAGCAAGCAGGACAUUAUACGACCUUUAUGGCUUGUAUUUUAUGUAGUCCUAUUCGCCCCUGGUGUGACCACGCGGGCCAUUUAUAGAAUGUGAAGAUACAGAAAGGGUCUGAUGGGCAUCCUCCAUAUUACCUGCGCCUGGCUGAAUGCUAGCUGUGCCAGCCCAGCGCUCUCCCUCCGGGUCGUGAGAAACCGAUCCUUGUUUAUAAUCCUGCACCAGUGAAAUAUGAUGAUCUGCUGAAAAAGAACAUCUCCUAUUUCUCUUAGCCAUUGUAUUUAUUAUGAAAUGGGAAUCCUGUUUUUGCUUACUUGCGUUUGUUCGGCCCCUGCAUUCCUGGUGUGAAUUCCAUCACAUUGUACAUUGAGCAGCUGUGAGAGUAUCUGGGGACUGAUGCUCGGCUUCAUAUAGCACACAGUAAGGAAAGCCGUUAGCUUGGGUCUGAAUGCAGAGCCUGGAUUAGAAGAUCACAGCAUUGUCUCACGCUGGACGAUAAUAUAGUGACUGUAAAUAUCGCACGUUAAAUGGCCAGUCUGGGAACACUACACAGCUCACAUUAGUGCAAGAUAACAUGCUAACUAAGACUAGAUCAACCUUUCUGCUGCUUCAACAAGAUUGUGCAAUACGUGUCCUUCUGUAACAUUACAUUAUCAAGGAAUGUCUUCUCUAAAGUGAUAAACUGGAGUCAGCUGUAGUGCAUUCAACGUAAACAUUCCAUUGGUUUCCACGGUGAUUGUAUCAGCUGUAGAGCAAUCAGCAGGAACAUUCCAUUGGUUUCACGGUGACUGUUUCAGCUGUAGAGCAGUCAGCGGGGACAUUCCAUUGGUUUCCACGGUGAUUGUUACAGCUGUAGAGCAAUCAGCGGGGACAUUCCAUUGGUUUCCAUGGUGAUUGUUUCAGCUGUAGAGCAAUGAGCAGGAACAUUCCAUUGGUUUCCCUACUGAUUGUUACAGCUGUAGAGCAAUCAGCAGGAACAUUCCAUUGGUUUCCAUGGUGAUUGUUUCAGCUGUAGAGCAAUCAGCAGGAACAUUCCAUUGGUUUCCAUGGUGAUUGUUUCAGCUGUAGAGCAAUCAGCAGGAACACAUUCCAUUGGUUUCCAUGGUGAUGGUGUUUACAGCUGUAGAGCAAUCAGCAGGGACAUUCCAUUGGUUUCCAUGGUGACUGUUACAGCUGUAGAGCAAAAAGGAAAUUUAAUUUAGUUGUAGUAUAACUCCUGUGGUUGGGGGAUAACCCCUAAGUUUAAUCAAAUUACAAAAAGCAAAGCAGAGCAGGAGUAUGAACGGUGGAGGAAAAGCCAGGUAUGCCCAGUAUAUAGAAAGUGUAAAAGAAGGAGAAUGGCUAGUGGAUAUGUUAAAAUAUCACUGUUAAUUGUUUAUAGUUAAAAUAAUAACUCUUAUUGUACUAAAACCACCGCCAUAAUCUAAAACACCAAAGAGUUGUAUAGAUAAAGGGUAGCAGACAGGAUCACUGUUAGUUGUAGUACAGUGCUACGACUAGAGAAUCCAAUAAAGGGAAUAGUCUAUUAGAACUGUUAGUGCUCCAUUGCCGGUAACUGAAGCUACUAUAACGGUCUCCAAAAGUAUGUGAAUUGACUAUCUAUGUCUCUAGUAAACAUUUGUCUGAGUGCCAGAUCGUGGAUCCUCUGCUUCGUGUAAAUUGCUACUGUCGAUAUAGCGAACCGACAAUGUGAGCUUGUCGCCUAACAGCCCGAGAUCAUAAGCAAUCUAUGACUAUAUUAUGGAUCCUUGUACACUAAUCAGAUGGACUCAGGGAGAGGAGUGAAACAGAAGGUAUUACAUGUAGCUAGCUGUUCAAAUAAUUAAUGUAACUAUAAUAGCUAACUGUUAUAACGCUAGCAGUUGAGAGCAGAGCAUGGGGGGGCGAUUGUCCGCUGAAGAUAAAUUAAAGGGAGGAUGUCUAGCUUACGUAGUUGGUACCUUAUGCUAUUCCCUAUUCUGUACCUUCAAGGGCACCAGGGGCGGACUGACCACUCGGGCACAUCGGUCAUGGACCGAGGGCCCGUGGCAGUCAGGGGCCCGGGGCAGCUAUGGCUGGGCUUGGAAGAUUAGAUGAUUUCCCCAACCAGCCCAGCAUCAAGGCAGCAAAGUUAGUGAGACCAGUUCCCCAGUGGGUGCGCCCUUUGUUAGAAUAGAGGCUGGGAUAGGGAGUGCCAUCACAUCCCCUCCUCGCUCUUACACAGAUACAGGGCGCCCACCGCAUGUGUGAAGGGGGAGGAGCAGCUGUGAUGGUAACAGUGACAUGCUGCUCAGGGGAGGACAGGGAGUCAACCUGAACAGACUGAAAUGCAAGGUAUGAUGGGGCAUGAUAGCAGUGUAGGCACCAGAGGAGGGCUUGGGGAGGAGGAGGAGGAUAAUUUGAAGGAAUUGGGGGCAUGGUUAGAUCAAACAAAGGGUGACUGCAAAAUAAGUAGACUUACCAAACACUCACCAAAUUUUUACAUACAUACAAGAUGAAUAUUCUUGUUCUUGGGUAGAACAUUGGCUUAAGGAUAGAGUACAACGAGUUGUAAUUAAUGGUAAAUUUUCAGGCUGGACAAAAGUGGUAAGUGGUGUCUCUCAGGGUUCUGUUUUGGGACCACUUCUAUUUAACAUAUUUAUAAAUGAUCUUGAAAUAGGCAUUGAAAGCCAUGUAUCAGUGUUUACAGAUGACACAAAACUUUGUAAAGUAAUAAAAUGUGAGCAGGAUAUUGCUUUGCUGCAGAGAGAUUUGGAUAGAUUGGGGACUGGGCACUAAAAUGGCAGAUGAAGUUUAACAUAGAGAAAUGCAAAGUUAUGCACUUCGGGGUUAAGAAUGCACAAGCAACUUACACACUAAAUGGUAGUGAAUUAGGGAUAACCACACACGAGAAGGAUUUGGGAAUUGUUAUAGACAACAAAUUAGGCAGCACUAUGCAAUGUCAAUCUGUAGUUGCUAAGGCCAGUAAGAUUUUGUCAUGUAUAAAUAGGGGCAUAAAUUCUCAGGAUUAAAAUAUAAUUUUGCCUCUUUAUAAAUCAUUGGUAAAACCACACCUUGAAUAUGCUGUGCAAUUUUGGGCGCCUGUUCUAAAGAAGGAUAUCAUGGCCCUGGAGAGGGUCCAGAGACGAGCUACAAAAUUGAUAAAAGGAAUGGAGCAUUUUAGUUAUGAAGAAAGGUUAAAAAAAUUAAAUCUGUUUAGUUUGGAAAAACGGCGCCUGAGAGAGGAUAUGAUAACUUUAUACAAAUAUAUUCGGGGCCAGUACAAACCUUUAUCUGGAAAUCUAUUCAUAAACAGGGCUAUACAUAGGACACGAGGUCACACAUUUAGGCUGGAAGAAAGGAGAUUUCAUCUAAGGCAAAGAGAAGGUUUUUUUACAGUAAGAACAAUAAGGAUAUGGAAUUCUCUGCCUGAAGAGGUGUUUUUGUCAGAGUCCAUACAGAUGUUUAAACUGAAAUUGGAUAAAUACUUACAAAAACAUAACAUACAGGGAUAUAAUUUCUAAUUAGUGGGGUAAUAGCUGCUUGAUCCAAGGAGACAUCUGACUGCUAUUUUGGGGUCAAGAAGGAAUUUUUUCCUAGUUUGUGGUAAAAUUGGAAGUGCUUCUGACCAGGUUUUUUGUCUUCUUUUGGAUUAACAGCAAAAACAUAUGUGAGGAAGGCUGAACUUGAUAGAUGCAAGUCUCUUUUCAGCUAUGUAACUAUGCAAUCAGACAUGCACUCAAACUGACACACACAAUCUCACACACACUGACAUGCCAUACAAAUCUAGGGGGGGGCAUCAAGGCAAGUACCCUCAGAAUGUCCUGGGAAGCUGCUGUCCAAAUUUCCUCCUCUCUCAUACCCCUCCCAUCCUCCUCCCACCCCCCCUCUAUGAACAUAAAACACAGCCCCCUGGCAGCUUCUCCCUUAGAUCUUCACCCCUUAAACAAGCUGCAGGGGCUAAAGUCAGCAGCACCUCCGCCCCCAGCUUCAACCAUGUGGCCAUGCUGACCGGAACAAGCUGGGAGACUAGGAGCAACUUGCAGCUCUUCAACCACAGCAAGGGGUGAGAGACAGUGAUCUUGUGUGUGCUAGUGUGCUGUGUGUAGUGACCUUCUGUGUGCAUGUUGUGAGCUGUGUGUGUGUGUGUGUCAGUGAGCUGUCUGUAGUGCACUGUGUGAUCUUGCGUAAUUGGGUAUAUUAGUGAGCUGUUUUUAUUGAGCUUGUUUGUAUCCAAAAGCUUUGUGCAGUGAUUUUUCUGUAGUGAGCUUGUGGCUGAGCUUGAGAAUAUGUCAGUGAGCUUGUGUGUAAUGACAUUGUGUACAUAUCAUUGAGCUGUCUGUGGUGAGCUUGGGAUCUUGUGUGUGUGUGUCAGUGAGCAUUCUGUAGCGCGAUGUGUGUAGUAAGCGUGUGUGCGCAUCAAUGAACUGUCUAUAGUGAGCUCUGUAAGUUUGUGUGUAGUUAACUGCUUGUGCAUUUACACCCUACUGGAAGUAUGUAUAUUCAAAACAGCACAUGCAUUGAAGCGGACAAAGUGCAACAGUGUUUACGAUGAUUAUAACACUAAGAUACAAACAUGCCUUCAUACACAUACCCUCACACUAUAUACAAAUAAAAAAAUGCACACUUGUUUGAAACAUAAGGGGCCCUAUAGGGGACUUUGCCCAGGGGCCCAGAAGGCUGUCAGUCCGCCCCUGAGGGCACCCCUUGAUAUAAAGCCUGUUUUCUAUAAGAUAUAUACAAGCCCUAUUCCCACCCGCUGUUCUAUUGAAUAAGUAAUUGCUAGCAAAUAGUAGUCUGAUUAGAAAAUCUGGUAAAGUUACUUCUGAGAAUAGUGUGGAUAGUAGGAACACUCUCAAUGUCUGAUUACCAGCAGAGUGUACUUGUCAGAGCCCCUGACGCGCGUUUCACAUCGUGGCUCAUCAGAGGGGAGCAAUCAGCGGUAACAUUCCAUUGGUUUCCAUGGUGAUAGUUACUGCUGUAGAGCAAUCAGCAGGAACAUUCCAUUGGUUUCCAUGGUGAUUGUUACAGCUGUACAGCAAUCAGCAGGAACAUUCCAUUGGUUUCCAUGGUGAUUGUAUCAGCUGUAGAGCUAUCAGCCGGAACAUUCCAUUGGUUUCUAUGGUGAUUGUUACAGCUGGAGAACAAUCAGUAGGAACAUUCCAUGGUGGAAUCCAUGGCUGCUGUGGGAACUCUUUAUGCUUAUACUUUUCAUAGACCAUUCUGUGGAUAUAAUAAAAGAAGCACUUUCAGAUUUAACGUGUUAUUUAAUUUGGGCGACAGUUAUUUUAAAAUAAUUUUAAAGGCUGUUUGUCUAAUGAGCAUAUUUUCCCUCUGCCCUCCCUUUCUAAUGGGAUUUCAUGCUCUCGUUGUCUCUGUCCACUCAAGUACCGGUAGGAAAUGUACACAAUGGUGUUUUUCACACAGUCUUCAUCUUGUCUUUAUUAUAAAGGUCCUGGAUCCAGAGCAAAACCACAGCUUUACAGACCACUACCUAAACGUGGCCUUUGACCUGUCCCAGGUCCUCUUUAUAGCCACGGCCAAUACAACAGCAACUAUUCCACCUGCCCUGCUGGACAGAAUGGAGGUUCUGGAGGUUCCAGGUAAAUACAUCUUCUGAGAUUUCUGUGUCUGUAGCGGAUGUGUUGAGUAGACGUUUUGCCAUCAAACAAUAUUUGUCAAUGUUCUGGAAAUUGACGGGCAAUCUAUAAGGGAUAUUACUGGACCUGACACCCGUGUAUUCAGUCAUUAUAUAUUACAAUAACCAUGGCAGCUCAGAUGUUUUAAACUCCAUUUAAAGAUUGCUGGGCAUCUUGGGAAACAUUAGGUGUGCCAAGCUACCACUGGUAUUUACAGUGAUAUGGCAAGACCUCGGCACCUGCUUGGUUCUUUCUUAUAAAGCUGCCGUCACAUUGUGACCGAGACGUAUAAUUUCUUUGUCUACCACCCCUCCUGAGCGACUGAUCCAUGCAUUCCGAACUCAGAUUAGAUUAUCUCCUUGUUGUGAUCUGAGAAACCUUGUGCUUUCCAGGAUACAGUCAAGAAGAAAAGCUGGAGAUCGCCCAUCGUCAUCUGAUCUCCAAACAGCUGGUGCAGCAUGGUCUGACCCCAGAGCAGGUCCAGAUCCCACCAGAAGCCACACUGGAGAUUAUCACCAGGUGAGCACACAGCAUGGCACAGCUUCAUUUAUCAACUUCCUUUAAUUUGUAUUCCAGUUUUGGGGGUUUUUUUGUAUUUCAUUCUGGGUUGUUUUUUAUUUUUGCCCUGCUCAGUCCUCUGGCCUUUCUAUGUGUAAGCAAUGCUGGAUUCAUAAUGUCUAACCACACGGGAAGGGGGCUUACAUAGUGUGUCAUCCCUUUCAGUCAUUCACUCAGUUUAGUUUUCUUUUCAUUCAGGUAGCUAUUUAUUACAUUAAAAUCGGAGACGGAUGUUAUUUUGCUUGUCUUUCCCUUUUCAUUUCCAUAGCUGUCAGUAAUUGUCCAUACAUUGUGCAGUUCACGCUGGAAAUGCUGCGAUGUGUUAUCUAAUACUCAUAGUAAUUAUUUAUAACGGGCCAGCUCAGCUGCAGUGCAGGUAUUGGCUAUGUCCGAGUAUCUCAGUGAUAUCCUGCUCUGUCAGAGUGUCCCGGGGAUAUCCUGCUCUGUCAGAGUGUCCCGGGGAUAUCCUGCUCUGUCAGAGUGUCCCGGGGAUAUCCUGCUCUGUCAGAGUGUCCCGGGGAUAUCCUGCUCUGUCAGAGUGUCCCGGGGAUAUCCUGCUCUGUCAGAGUGUCCCGGGGAUAUCCUGCUCUGUCAGAGUGUCCCGGUGAUAUCCUGCUCUGUCAGAGUGGGGAUAUCCUGCUCUGUCAGAGUGAUAUCCUGCUCUGUCAGAGUGGGGAUAUCCUGCUCUGUCAGAGUGUCCCGGGGAUAUCCUGCUCUGUCAGAGUGUCCCGGUGAUAUCCUGCUCUGUCAGAGUGUCUCGGUGAUAUCCUGCUCUGUCAGAGUGUCUCGGUGAUAUCCUGCUCUGUCAGAGUGUCUCGGUGAUAUCCUGCUCUGUCAGAGUGUCCCGGUGAUAUCCUGCUCUGUCAGUGUACUGGUGAUAUCCUGCUCUGUCAGAGUGUCCCGGUGAUAUGUACCGGUUUCGUUCAGGGUGUCUGGCUAUAUUUCUAGCUAUAAUGAUUGUUUAUUUUCAGGUAUACUCGGGAAGCUGGUGUGCGCUCGCUAGACCGCAAACUUGGAGCCAUUUGUAGAGCAGUCGCUGUUAAAGUGGCAGAAGGACAGCACCGGGAAACAAACUCAGCGCACACGGAUGGCGAAGGUUGGAAAUUAUGGAUAUAACGUUUGCACAGUUAACCCUCAUUUAUACAUAAAUGAUUCUAUUUAUUUCCCAUUAUUCUCUCUGGUUAUGUCCAGCAGAUUUCCUGUAAGAUGAAGCCUUGCUGGAUGACUGGGGUGAUGGCAGAGCUAGGUGUAAAUUAGUGUGGGAGACUGUAGCUAUAAAGGAAAUAAGGCAGUGUAUGAGGAGUUAACGCAUGGGAGAUGCAAUGUGAAGUUUUUAACCAAUUUGGGAAUAUAUUUUUUAAAAAUCAGCAUUCAAUUGUAAAAAGUGAACAUGGCGUUGGUCAUGUGACCUCUUCCAGCAAGUGGAUGUGCUCAAACAGCGUAGGUCUAGCUGAUUAGCCAGGUUUCCUUCACCUGGAGACUGUCCCUACCUCUGAUAACCAGAUUUUCUUAUAUCACCGGUAUUAAUAAAAUACUAGAUCUGAAAUAGAUUUUGUUUAUUUUCAGAGGUCGCUAACAUUUACUCAACCUAUGGGAACACUCUGUGUUUAGCCAGCUGAACCGGAGCCAGUAAUUAGAGCUCGUAUCUGUUACACAUGGCAAAGGAGCUGUUCCCGACUCGUUAAUAUUUCACGCGUUGCUAAAUACACUCCUUGCGGCAGACUUCGUUCUACCAGCUGAAACCAUUCAUGGUUAUUUAUUAAACCCUGACAUUUUACAGAUUAAAUCCGAAUGGCAAAACUGAGGCAGGAUGGCCUUAAUUCACUAUAAUUCCGAGUUUAGCAAAUAACCCUGUCUGUGUUAUAUUGUGUGUGUUUAUUGCAUACUUUGUAUUUAUUGCUCCUACUUGGUGGACACAUGGACCUCGAUUUAAUAUUGUUGGAUAAACUUCUAACAUUAAUAUUUUGAUAGAAUUUCUACAUUUACAUCGUAUCCUGUGCCUGUAUCCCCCUAUCCUGGAUAAGGGGUUGAUGGAAUCUAAAUGCUUAUGAUGAAGAUUGAAUGUACAGGGGAUUUUUGGCAUCUCUAAUAUUGGAGAGGUCACGAGAAAACCAUUCUAUUCCAGUAUUACAUUCAUUAAAUUAUCUGUAACGGAUCACCUGUACUCCGACUGGGUACCUUCCGUUGACGGACGCUUCCUGGAUUGCGCCGAGGACCAUAAGCACCGCACCGGACACCACAACCACCGCAGACUCCACAACCGCUGUAGCUUAACUGGAGUCUCACCGCCUUCUCCUCUCCUCCAGGAGAGCGUAUCAGGAACAGCUCUUAAAAGAGCUAAGUGAUACCUGCAUAUUUCAUUAUAAGCAAAUAAUUACUUAGCUAUGAAACUCGAAGUUAUAUAUAUAUAUAUAUAUAUACACACCUCACCUAGCAUGUCAAACAUACACUCAACUACCAUAUGCCAUAGCCUAACCCGUUUAUACUUUGCAAUCUAGCUAUAAGUAAAAAUGAGGCAUUGUGAAUCGACAAAUGUUUAAACGUUUAUUGCAUGAUAUAUAAAAUACAAAAAUGUUUGUGCAUGUCAAACGAAUGUGAAGCUGUACCAGAGAACUGCCUUUGGGGCACCUCGGGGUUCUAUGUAACUCUCUACUGCACCUCAAAAAUAAAAAAAUAAAUAAAAAAAAGAGCUAAGUGAUAAGGGCUCAGGGGAGUAUAUAAAAGUAUAUAGCAAUCCCCAGUGUGAUUAUAGCAGUUCUCCUCCAAUCACGAGACAAGACUACGCGUUGAGGGUCAAACAGGAAAAGAAUGCACUGAGACUUUAUUGCUCUUAUAUACACCUUUUCCCACAAGGUUACCACCCACGUGGACCUUGUGGUACACAGGACUCAGAGUUACAGCAACCAAUCAAACACAUUACAGUGCAGUCAGACACUCCCACCCAAGGCACACAAACCCUCCCAUCUGCCUGUGAUAUAAUGACUAAACACAAUGGGCUAACUUAAUUAUCACAGGCAGGAAAAUAUACAGUUUUACCCAAUAUUCAUAACUUCAAAACUAUACAUACAAUUUCCAUAGUUACUGUGACGAAGUGCCCUUCGCCACUUGUGCCUGGAGAGGACUGUUUGCCGCCUCUUGCCCUGUGACUAUGGACCCUGGGAGAUUUGGCCCGUUCAAUUCAGUAUGUUAGGAGUUAUGUAUUUUUGUAUCCUUUUGCGUUUUACUGGGAACAUGUGCUCAAUGGAGUCUGCUUCUAUCCCUGGAUAAUUGGAUUACUUUCCCCAUUGUCUCCAGGCUAGAGGGCUCUGUAAAACCAGUUUGGGCCAGAUAUCCAUGCUGCCAGCCAGGCCCCAAAAUAUACUUUACUAACUUCUGAACCCCUGGUCUGAUUCAUGCCAUUUUUUGACAUGUUGUUUCCCUGAAUGGAUUGAUUGUGAAUAUAUAAUUUUAGACGUUAUGAAUGCUGUAAAAACGGUAUUAUUUCUGGCCAGCAGAUAAUUGAUCUUUGUGUAUUGUAGAAACUCAAUUAUCUAGCCUGACCCAGAGGAGGAGUUUUGUGUUGCAUAAAUUGAGUUCUGUGUGCCAGUAAAUCAGUCUUGUUCCAGCAUUAAGCCUUGGCUCAUGUUUGGGGGAUUGGAGAAAUACACUCUGGGGAUUGUUAUAAUCACUAUAGUCCCCACGGUAUGAUCACUAAGUUCUGCUAAGAGCUUGUUCCUGUUCCUGCUCUCUGGGUAAAGAGAGGUUCACCCACUGGAAGCUGGAUCCUGGCCUUGGGUCCAGGGUGGGUGGAGACAGCAGAGACCCCGGCACAGUUGCAUCGCUGGAAGUGGGGUCUGCAGUGCUGAUGGUGUCGGUUGGAGUGCUUGGAGUCCUCAGCAAGCACUAGGAGCAUCGAUUGGCGGAGGUACUCAGUCGGAGUGCCAGCGGUCCGUCACAUUUACAUAUUCUGAACCAGCAUAAUCAGUAUACAAACAUAUUCAAAAAUCAUACAAUUUGGUCCAGUGGUUCAAAAGAUAGAUGGAAGUCCUAUUUGACCGACUGCAAGCAUGGCUUUCAUGCCCAAAACAGUUCCACAGAUUUAGGCUGUGCAGCCGGUCUAUCUUCUCCUCUAUCCUGGAGAUAAUUGGCUUAAGUGGGUGUGGUAAGCCAAUUAUCUCCAAGUACAGAAAAUAUCUCUAAGUCCAAAACCUGUUACAAAAACUACAUAAAAAUACUUAACUUAUAUAAUACUAUGUUUAACCUAUAUGUCCAAUAUAUUCCCAGAUAGCUUGGAUCUGAGCGCUCAAUAUGUUCAAAAAGUGCUCAGAUGUCACGAAUACAGUUGGAUCGCCAUGGGGUUAAACAAUAACAAGGGCUGAUGAGAGAUUGAGGAGGGACAAAGCAGCCAGUUUCAACUGGUCUGGUAGUGUCCCUGGGACAACGCCCUGCUGGAGAACAAUGGGACAGGAAAAAGGGGGAGGGGAAGAGGCACAUUCUCCCAUGGAAUCAAAGGGGCAGAAACAGUGCAAUAAAAUCCAAUAUGCCCAAAUAACGUUUUUAAAGGGCAAUCUCUACCAGGGGCCAUAGUCACAAGGCAAGAGGCUGGCAAUUAGUCCUCUCCAGGCACAAGUGGCGAAGGGCACUUCAUCACAUUAUCCCUUGCUCGUUAAGGGGGUGAUGAAGGAAUAGGGGGAGUAGAGGUUAAAUAGACUGUAAUGGGAGGUGGAAGGUGACUGGUAAAACACAUUCAUUAUAGAACAGUUACUCUGUAUAUAGGAUUGUAACCUGGACUAGCUCUCCAUUUAUGCCGCCAGCUGUCUCCCAAUGCAAGCAGAGAUCGUAGCGUGUAUGUACAGGAAUAAUAAACGAGUCUGGUGCUGUAUACAUUAAGUGCAUUGUAUGAAACAAAACUUACCAAACUUGUGCCAAUUCCAAGAAAUGCCAGGUCAAGUCUCAGAGGGUCAACGGCUAGCAUUCCUGCCAUGUAGUCAAUAGCCACAUAGAUUACAUACUGCUGAAGAAAUUUAUAUAAUCUAUAUUGUGAUUAACACGCCAGGCCAAUGGUCUAUGUAAUUGUAAAGGGCACUGUUCUUAAACUCUUUGACUACUUACUCCCUGCUGGGGAUAUAUUGGUUAUAGUGCUCUGAGUGUUCCUUUAACUAAAACUCAAUACCUUUUAUACUAUGGGAUAUGGACAUUACAGGCCUGUAAGGUGACAUCUUAAAAUAAGCUGCAAAGCUUUGUUUUUGUUCUAAACUAACGUAACAUAAGUGGCUCCAUCUAAGAUGGAUGCAUUUUAAAGAGUUCAUGAGAUGUACAAUAUUGUCAGUGAUAUUACCUGCUUGAGCUGUUACUUAGAAACCGUUUUAAUUCCUUGAUCGCGUGCUGACCUUUUGACAGACCAUUCUGUGGAAAUGAUGUUGUGAUGAUAUUUGAGACCUUUUCCUAGCACAAAGAGGGUGGCUGUACCAGAGCCUUUAAAGUGGUUGAGAUGUAGGAUAUCACAGUGAAGAGCAGACAGCCCAACGCACAGAAGCAAAGAUGGAGGCUCCGUGGUCUGCUUGAUGUCUGGUUCAGGUGGAAGAUGUCCUCUCCGUGGUUUGCUCAACGUCUGGCUCAGAUGGAAAAUGGCCGCUUCAUGGUUUGCUUGAUGCCUGCUUCAGGUAGAAGGACUCUCCGUGGUUUGCUUGAUGUCUGGUUCAGGUGGAAGAUGUCCUCUCCGUGGUUUGCACAAUGUCUGGCUCAGAUGGAAAAUGGCCGCUUCAUGGUUUGCUUGAUGCCUGGUUCAGGUGGAAGAUGUCCCCUCCGUGGUUUGCUCGAUGCCUGGUUCAGGUAGGAUGCUCCAUGGUUUGCUCGAUGCCUGGUUCAGGUGGAAGAUGGCUGCUUCGUGAUUUGCUUGAUGCCUGGUUCAGGUGGAAGAUGGUCGCUCUGUGAUUUGCUCAAUACCUGGUUCAGGUGGAAGAUGGCCACUCUGUGGUUUGCUCAAUGCCUGGUUCAGGUAAAAGAUGGCUGCUCCAUGAUUUGCUUGAUGCCUGGUUCAGGUAGGACGCUCCGUGGUUUGCUUGAUGCCUGGUACAGGUGGAAGAUGGCCGCUCUGUGAUUUGCUCGAUGCCUGGUUCAGGUGGAAGAUGUCCUCUCUGUGGUUUGCUCGAUGCCUGAUUCAGGUGGAAGAUGGCAGCUCUGUGGUUUGCUCGAUGCCUGGUUCAGGUUAAAGAUGGCUGCUCUGUGGUUUGCUCGAUGCCUGGUUCAGGUAGAAGGACGCUCUGUGGUUUGUGCGAUGCCUGGUACAGGUGGAAGAUGGUCACUCUGUGGUUUUCUCAAUGCCUGGUUCAGGUGGAAGAUGGUCACUCUGUGGUUUUCUCAAUGGCUGGUUCAGGUGGAAGAUGGCCGCUCUGUGGUUUGCGCAAUGCCUGGUUCAGGUAGAAGAUGGCUGCUCCGUGGUUUGAUCGAUGCCUGGUUUAGGUAGAAGAUGGCUGCUCCGUGGUUUGCUCAAUGCCUGGUUCAGGUAGAAGAUGGCUGCUCUGUGGUUUGCUUGAUGCUUAGUUCAGGUGGAAGAUGGCCGCUCCGUGGUUUGCUCGAUGCCUGGUUCAGGUGGAAGCACGCUCUGUGGUUUUGCUCGAUGUCUGGUUCAGGUAGAAGGAACCUCCGCGGUUUGCUCGGUGCCUGGUUCAGGUAGAAGGAAGCUCCGUGGUUUGCUCGAUGCCUGGUUCAGGUAGAAGGAAGCUCCGUGGUUUGCUCGAUGCCUGGUUCAGGUGGAAGAUGGAAGCUCCGUGGUUUGCUCGAUGCCUGGCUCAGGUGGAAGAUGGCCGCUCCGUGGUUUGCUCGAUGCCAGGUUCAGGUAGAAGGACGCUCCAUGGUUUGCUUGAUGCCUGGUACAGGUGGAAGAUGGCUGCUCCGUGGUUUGCUCGUUGCCUGCUUCAGGUCGAAGGUCCCUCUGCCCUUUGCUCGGUUUGGGUCUGGCCUGAUCCCAGCACUAUGUUUUGCAGGUGAUGUCAACGCACAGCUGAGGCUGUAUCCCGAUAUAAACACAGCUUUAACCUGAUAGGGGCUGGCAGCACAACCUGCAAAUCUUCCCACAUUCAUGACAUUUAUCACUAUGAGGACAUAUAAUGCUGUCCAUCCUGGGAAUGUCUUCUUAAAGGGGCAGGCAUGCACAUUAUCUCUUUUGUAAACCCAUCAGAUCUGACGUAACUAUGCCAGCAGUAGAGCAGGAAUGACACUGUAACCAUGCAAAGGGUUAAUUAGAGUGAAGAAUAAACCCACUUAGUCAGUGAGCAAGGCCUGUACACAGAAUGUCCGUUCAUUUGUAAUGUUCAAAGUGAGUUUACUGCUUGUGUUGCUGCCAAAAAGGAAACUGGCAGUGCCUGUCCUGGGGCCGGGAUUGGGGCCGGAGCUGGAGUAUUUUCUGUCAACAAAAUAGUUUGGAUCAGGCUUGAGCUGCAUGUAUCAUACCAUGUACAGCCUGAUGUGAUCUGUGUGUUGAGCACUGUUACAAUAGCUGUGUGCCGUGUGCUGAGCAUUGCGUUGUUUGUGCUGCGUGAUAAUAGCCAUGUUCUUCACUCCGUGUCCUGUUUGCUCUGCGUCUCGCUCCGUCUCCUGUUUGCUGUGCGUCUCGCUCCGUCUCCUGUUUGCUGUGCGUCUCGCUCCGUCUCCUGUUUGCUGUGCGUCUCGCUCCGUCUCCUGUUUGCUGUGCGUCUCGCUCCGUCUCCUGUUUGCUGUGCGUCUCGCUCCAUUUGCUGUGCGUCUCGCUGAGUGUCCUGUUUGCUGUGCGUCUCGCUGCAUGUCCUGUUUGCUGUGCAUGUCCUGUUUGCUGUGCGUCUCGCUCUGUGUCCUGUUUGCGGUGCGUGUCCUGUUUGCUGUGCGUCUCGCUCCGUCUCCUGUUUGCUGUGCGUCUCGCUCCGUCUCCUGUUUGCUGUGCGUUUUGCUCCAUUUGCUGUGCGUCUCGCUGAGUGUCCUGUUUGCUGUGCGUCUCGCUGCAUGUCCUGUUUGCUCUGCGUGUCCUGUUUGCUGUGCGUCUCGCUCCGUGUUCUGUUUGCUGUGCGUCUCGCUCCGUCUUCUGUUUGCUGUGCGUCCCGCUCUGUCUCCUGUUUGCUGUGCGUCUCGCUGCGUCUCGCUGCGUGUCCUGUUUGCUGUGCGUCUCGCUCCGUCUCCUGUUUGCUGUGUGUCUCGCUGCAUGUCCUUUUUGCUGUGCGUCUCGCUUUGUGUCCUUUUUGCUGUGCGUCUCGCUCCGUGUUCUGUUUGCUGUGCGUCUCGCUUUGUGUCCUGUUUGCUGUGCGUCUCUCUGCAUGUUCUGUUUGCUGUGCGUGUCCUGUUUGCUGUGAGUCUCGUUCCGUGUUCUGUUUGCUGUGCGUCUCGCUGUGUGUCCUGUUUGCUGUGCGUCUCGCUGUAUGUUCUGUUUGCUGUGCAUGUCCUGUUUGCUGUGCAUCUCACUCCGUGUUCUGUUUGCUGUGCUGCCUCGCCCGUGUUCUGUUUGCUGUGCGUCGCUGCAUGUUCUGUUUGCUGUGCGUCUCGCUGAGUGGCCUGUUUGCUGUGCCUCGCUGCAUGUUCUGUUUGCUGUGCGUCUCGCUGCGUGUCCUGUUUGCUGUGCGCCUCGCUGCGUGUCCUGUUUGCUGUGCGUCUCGCUUUGUGUCCUGUUUGCUGUGCGUCUCGCUGUGUCCUGUUUGCUGUGCGUCUCGCUGCGUGUUCUGUUUGCUGUGCGUCUCGCUGCGUGUUCUGUUUGCUGUGCGUCUCGCUGCGUGUUCUGUUUGCUGUGCGUCUCACUCCAUGUUCUGUUUGCUGUGCGUCUCGCUUUGUGUUCUGUGUUCUGUUUGCUGUGCGUCUCGCUGCGUGUCCUGUUUGCUGUGCGUCUCGCUUUGUGUUCUGUUUGCUGUGCGUCUCGCUUUGUGUUCUGUUUGCUGUGCGUCUCGCUGCAUGUUCUGUUUGCUGUGCGUCUCGCUGCAUGUUCUGUUUGCUGUGCGUGUUCUGUUUGCUGUGCGUCUCGCUGCAUGUUCUGUUUGCUGUGCGUCUCGCUGCAUGUUCUGUUUGCUGUGCGUGUUCUGUUUGCUGUGCACCCACUGAAUGUUUAAUAAAAGCCUAGAGAACGUUAUUCCAUACAAAUUUGUGAAAAGGUCCUAUAUAUUAGUUUAUAUUUCUGCACAAUUUGAAAUGCGUAAUAAAGGUAGUGUGGAACCUGGUGUGCUGCAGCAGCCUAUGCAGGGUGUGAUUAGAAUAAUCGGGGAAGUUGGUGUUAUCCUCCCGCCAGGCUGAGCCCUGACAUUUUGGGCUGGCUUAAACACACCCUUUAUUUAACAGUCAUUCUGCCCUGUGUGACCUCGCCUGCCUAAAUCAUCCAUCCUGAGUCAGUCUCAUAAACACUACUGGCUGGAAUAGCUUUAACUCUUACUGUGCCUGUAUGCGGGAUGCACCCCUCAAUGAUGAUCUUAUUAAAGGGGUACUCCAAGCAUCAUAACUGGUCAGUGUUAGCCUAGAUUACUCUCUGCGUCCCUAUCCGUAUCUUUACUCUGCGAUGUCCCCGAUCCAUGGAGAUCUUAUAUAGCCUGUGUAUACAAUACAUCACACUUCAUGUACUGCUGUAUAUUAUACCGCACACAGCUCGGUUCUUGUAAAAGUUACUGGGUGUGAUUAUAAAUAAUGAAUUCAAUUACUGUCUCAAGUAAGUAGUGCAGGAUUCAUAAAAAGCUGACAACUGAAUAUCCAAUAAUGCUCUGCUGUACCAGGAGUUUAUGGGAUAGGAAAGAAAGUUUAAAAAAGAAAAUGGAGAAACCAGGAUCGGCUGAGUCCUGCAGUGUCACUGUGUAAGAAGCAGAUCCUGGGGCAUUACCACAAAGGACACAUUGAGGUGACCAGCUUUUGGCAUUUAUUAAUGCAUUCUUUUGAAAGGCAAUGAAACAGAGGGGGGUUGAUUCUAAAUGAUGCAAUGCUCUGUCCUAGAAUAAAGAAAGUGAAACUAGCCUACCUGCCUGCUCCAUGCUUAGUGUGGGGUUGCUUUUUUUUGUACUGCCCCAAGUCACACAAAGAUCUCAUGUGUUGCACCCAGACGGCAGGCAGUGAUUCAGGGUUUAUUGAAUUACUCCGUCCACACCACAGCUGCUCUAUUGAUUCCUUGGUGUGAGGCCGCCAUGGGUUGAUGAGGAGAGACUUUCUCUCUGAAUCUUUGUCCCCUCAGGGCUCAUCAGCGCACUCCAGAAAUUGGUGAGAAGGGGGUCGGCGUUGCUAUAAGAAGAGAUUCCAAACAGAUGUCCUUUGCAGACAGACAAUGCUUCCUUUAACACUGGCUACUAACCCUGACCAUUAGAUUGGUGAUACCCUCUGGGAUUUGGGCGAAUACACUUGUAAUAAACCUUAAUUACAUUGCGUUCAUUGUAGAUGUACAUCUCUGGCUGCAUUAUUCCAUUUACUGAAAAUGUGUUGCGAAGCCUGGGGAACAUGCAGUGUUAUACUGUGCCAGAAGAUUCAUUAGACCAUCAAAUGUUUUAACUCACAGACUUGUGAUGAGAGACAUGAACACCGUAAUUAAACAGCCUAGCGAUAUACGUAUGUUACACAGAAUUACCCUUCUGAUAUUAAAUAAUUUAUCAAAAUAGGGAUUUAUACCCAGAAUCUAAGUGUUCUUUUCGAGCACCAUUUAUUUUACAGCCCUGCUCGCGAACACAGAGAGGGACUGAAAAUUUGGGGACAUGUAUUUAAACUGAUGGUGUUAUUCCCAGCUGGGACGUGAAGAGAACUGCACAUCUUAAGAACAUUAUAGCCAUACCAGAAAAACAAAUCUUAUAUGUAGCUAUUCUUUUGUAAUUUCAGAUCCAGAAUUCCAAGUUUAAUACCUUGUCGGAAAAUAGUGGGGGUUCAUUAGCUAAUCCCAAUUGUCCUUUAACUGUUCAGUGUUUGGUCAGAUUGAACAAAAAGUGCAAAUAUGCAGCGAAGACCCAAAAACCUUUAUCUAAUGAACAGUAAUUAAUUGAAUUUGUAACUAACUUUGGUGACAGAAAUUUAGUGAAUUUAAUAAUGAAGAAUUAUGGCAAACCGAAGCAUUUAUGCCAGUAGUGGGAAAAAAUAAGACAAGUGAAAGCUUCUGUUUGCCAUCACUAGGAAGGCACACUGCUGACUACAUCUUUAGUAGUAUUGGGAUUUCUAAAUGGUUUUAUUGUAAAAUUUCUUAUUAUAGAGUUGACCCAGACAAGGAUCAGUCUGUGAUGGUCAGGAAUGCGAGAGAGUGUUCUGUGCCAUUCAGAGAAUGCUGAUUUUUUUUUUUUUAAAUUGUUUCUCAAUGUAAUUUCAAAUCCCUCUGCUCACAUCCAAUGUCCUUUCUUAAUGACAGAUCGCAAGGCAGACAUCCCAGAUCAAGCAAAACUUGAGAUGAUUACUGAGACUGCAGACAUAACACUGCCUCCUGAAAUGCCCAUUUUGAUUGAUCGCCAUGCGUUAAAGGAUAUUCUAGGACCUCCAAUGUAUGAGAUCGAGGUAAGAGACUCUAGUGGGGUCACAUUAACCAUUCCAGUGCCAUUGACCUCUUAUGUAUACCGCACUGCUUUGAUCUUAGAAAGCAUUAGAAGUGUGGUAUGUCCUAAUAAUAGAUAUCGGUACCUGAACAAACAGCAGGAUCCAAAUGCUUCCUGCUUGGGCUCUGCAGCCGUGGGGCAGGCAAAGCUUUAAUUUGUAGCUUCCUACCUGUUCAAUGAUUAGAAAGCUAAUUUGCAAAUAUGUUAGUUUUAUACAAAGCGAAUAUUACUUGCUAUUAUUGCUUUAUUGUUAAUAUUACUUAUCUGCAUCUUUUAUCUUGUUUUGAUUAGCUCUGUGCUUUCUCAUGACUAUGCCCUCUGAGCUGAUAGAAGAGGCGUCUCUCGUCCUCUGUUACAGUAAUACUGUGUCUGGGGGCUCAGUUAGUUUAGAGAAUAUUGUGUCCGUGUCUGGUGAAAGGACGUAAUAAACACACAGAUUGUUAGAUUGUGAGCCUCAAACAUUUCUUAGGAUAGCUUUUAGAAUGACACGUUAUCCCCCAGUAGGCAUCUGACUUCAUAUGGAUUGGCAGCUUAACUGGUUCCAGACCUGGAGAUUUAGCUAUGUAUCUUGUAUAUCUGCAAGUUAUCCUGUGCAGAUCAUAGCAUUCCCUGCUUGACAGCCCAUUCCACGGACUUGUAGCCUAGCUCUAUUUUCACUGCCUCCCGGGAUGCAGAGCCCAGCUCCUCCUAGCCUGCCUCCCGGGAUGCAGAGCCCAGCUCCUCCUAGCCUGCCUCCCGGGAUGCAGAGCCCAGCUCCUCCUAGCCUGCCUCCCGGGAUGCAGAGCCCAGCUCCUCCUAGCCUGCCUCCCGGGAUGCAGAGCCCAGCUCCUCCUAGCCUGCCUCCCGGGAUGCAGAGCCCAGCUCCUCCUAGCCUGCCUCCCGGGAUGCAGAGCCCAGCUCCUCCUAGCCUGCCUCCCGGGAUGCAGAGCCCAGCUCCUCCUAGCCUGCCUCCCGGGAUGCAGAGCCCAGCUCCUCCUAGCCUGCCUCCCGGGAUGCAGAGCCCAGCUCCUCCUAGCCUGCCUCCCGGGAUGCAGAGCCCAGCUCCUCCUAGCCUGCCUCCCGGGAUGCAGAGCCCAGCUCCUCCUAGCCUGCCUCCCGGGAUGCAGAGCCCAGCUCCUCCUCGCCUGCCUCCCGGGCUGCAGAGCCCAGCUCCUCCUCGCCUGCCUCCCGGGCUGCAGAGCCCAGCUCCUCCUCGCCUGCCUCCCGGGCUGCAGAGCCCAGCUCCUCCUCGCCUGCCUCCCGGGCUGCAGAGCCCAGCUCCUCCUCGCCUGCCUCCCGGGCUGCAGAGCCCAGCUCCUCCUCGCCUGCCUCCCGGGCUGCAGAGCCCAGCUCCUCCUAGCCUGCAUAACUACUGCAGGGUCCCUGUAAGAAGUCUUACUCACUUCACAUCUCCCCAGGGAGCAAAGUGCUCCUUCCUAACCUCUGCAGAGAAUUGCUUCACCAAUGGAGUUUUCAAAGCAGCACAGAGUAUUCAUCUCUGAAUUUAAAUUACAGAAAACCAAACACAGUACUAAAAGAUGCAAACAGAAACCGGGUCAAAAUACACGUAGAUGGCAGGAGGAUUUUUACUGUUUUUGGCUGGCAUGAAAUGGCAAGGGAUAGGUGACUAUGGAAAGCACAUAUUGUAAUGGAGGAGGAAUGGUCCAUUAGUAAACUCCUGUUUAAUUCCUUCAAGGUGUUUGAGCGUUUGAACCAGCCCGGCGUGGCCAUUGGUUUGGCCUGGACACCCCUGGGAGGUGAGAUCAUGUUUGUGGAAGCCAGCCGCAUGGAUGGUGAAGGCCAGCUAACACUAACUGGCCAGCUGGGAGAUGUCAUGAAGGAGUCGGCACAUCUGGCCAUCAGCUGGCUGCGCAGUAACGCAAAGAAAUACUGGCUAACAAACGGUAUGUCCGAGGUGUCCAGAACCAACUGAAGAGACCAUGCAGUAUGCUUUGUAGCAGUAAUACCAUACAAACAAAUCUCCCUCAUUUAAUGCAAGUCCCCAUGAUCUCUUAGGAAGUCCUUGCUGGGACACAGACAGAUUAUUCUGUAGGUGUAAGCUGACAAGAAGUCCUUGGAUGCGGUGUGUGGCAGGGGGAGUCAGUGUUGGCUGUAUGUUGUUAUUUAUGUGGAGUAACAAGGGGAGGGAGCGAUGAAGGUUAUUUUGUAAUUUUACAAAUGCAAACACCUUGCAAGAUUUCCUUUAAAGUCUAAUCUGGUGGUGGGGUUCAUCAUUUAAUAGCAUUGCUCUAAAUACUUUGAGGUAAAGAUUAUGCAUACAGGUUCAGUGAGGUUUGGAGGGACCUCAGUGAUUACAAUGUAACCAUUUUCUUGCCAGUAUCGGGAAGUUUUGAUCUCCUUGACAACACAGACAUCCAUUUGCACUUCCCUGCCGGGGCAGUCACCAAGGAUGGGCCAUCUGCAGGUGUUGCCAUAGUAACAUGCCUGGCUUCCCUAUUCAGUGGCAGGCUGGUGUGCUCUGAUGUAGCCAUGACUGGAGAGAUCACACUGCGAGGACUCGUACUUCCUGUAAGUAACACAGUAACACAGGUGUGACCCGUGGGUAUUUUGUCCUUAGACCUGCAGUUAGUACGGCCUCCCUUAUGGAGCACUACUUUGGGCUGGUAUAUUAUCUCAAUGACGUGGUCUUGUAGUUUCACCCUUUUUAAGUUAAAAACUGCAAUGUUUACAUAGUAGGCUUAUGCAUGUCUUUAGCAGCUAUCUAGACAGUCAUACAAGGGCUGAUUCUGAUUCUAUAACCAAAUCAAAUGUGGUCCUGUAAUGCAAUGCUACUCUGAGUGGAGUUUUGCUGCGCAUGCACCCUAUAAUCCAUUGUUUCUUAGGGGGAGGGGGAAUUGUAGUGGACAGGACUGACACAAUAGGUUCCCUUAAUUCACAGAUAAGAAAUCUUAGAAAGUGUUCUUAUGUGUAUCCAAGUUAUGCCAGUACCAGGAAUAUCUUGUAAAGAAAGUAUGGUUUGAUGGCACAUACAGGUUAUUCACUAAAGUGACAAUUUAAGACUAAAGUCGCAGAACUGAAAAUUAACUUGUGGUACUUUUCCAGUUCAGCUCUGUGUAUGUGUUUAGAAGGGCACCUGUGUGCUAUGGUGCUGAUUACCACUGAAGCUGGCCUUGAUUGGAGCAGUGACUACUUUUUUUUCCUUUAGUGGUGGUAUUUUUCAUUAACGAUUGUAGAAUAAAUGGUCAAUUAUUUUCCAUCUAUGGAUCCAGCCUAUCCCCCUAGUCUAGCAAUGCUGGUUUCCCAUAUUCAGGUAAUAAGCCUCUAACCGCUUUCUUUCCUGUAUGUAACUAUGAUUAUUGAUAAUGGCUAUAAUCUGCAUUUCAAUGUGUCUCUCUAGGUUGGUGGGAUUAAAGAUAAAGUAUUAGCAGCACACAGAGCAGGGCUGAAGCGUGUCAUUAUACCCAAGCGUAAUGAGAAGGACUUGGAAGAGAUUCCAGUUAACGUACAGCAGGAUCUAAGCUUUGUCUUGGCAGACUCCCUGGAGGAUGUACUUAACGCAGCAUUUGAUGGUGGAUUUUUACAGAAAAACGAAUCAGAGCUUCUAAACAGUAAACUGUAACUGUAUCAGACUGCUGCUCAUCUUCCCACCAUAAGGUCUCAUUUAAACAAGGUUAGAGUAAUGGAGUUAUAAUAAGCACAUGAUGCCUGGCUUGCUAAGAAUUAUGGGAAACCAUUUAGAUAGGAGAGCCUAGCUAAAUGAAGUAAAGGAAGCUUUCAUUUAAAUGAUUAAACCAGAUAAUCUGUUUAUUACCAAUUAAUGAAAGUAGCUAUUGAGUUGUGUCCAUUGCGGUCUAGAUUUAUUAUAUAUUAGACAGGCAGGGCUCAUGAGUUCCUGCCAUCAUGUAUCUUAAACAGGCAAGUCAAUCCAGAUUUUUACUUCUGUAGGUGGAUGCACAUACUAAUGUGAUUAAAUAAAAGAAUUUAACCUUGUGUGUUCUAAUUCUUUUUCCUACAAUCAACUCCCAUGGUAUGAAGCAGCCAAAGACACAGAAAACACAAGAAACCCUAUAUUAGUAAUAUUCACUGCAGGGAAUAGCCUGGCAUUGCUUUCAAUGGUAAAUUUACAAGCAAGCUACAGUGUAGAUCAGUGGUUUCCAAACCAGUCCAAGAUUUAGGGAUUACCCAAUGGUGGUGGUGUUUUUAGAAAACAAAUGCCUUGACACGACUGGGUAAACCCUAAAUCCUGGAGUGGUAGGCAUGCUGGGGCCUGGUUUGGAAACCACUGUUGCAGACACUUAGAUUUAUACAGCAUGAGUUCUUUAUAGAAAGUCACACCAUCCCUACUUUCCAAAAGCUAUAAUAAUGGAUAAAUUACAUUACUUGAAGAUAUGUAUUUGGUAGCUUUUAAAAAAAAAAACCUGGGCCUAACUUUUUAGCUGGCUCCGAUUCCAGCAGGUAAUUAAAAUGUAACAGUUGUUGCAGUCAUUCAGAGUGUAGGUUGCAAUCUAAAUGUGGUCACAGAGUGCAGAGUUAUUGUUGUAAGCAAGUCUUUUGAGUCAACUAAAGACAUGCAAAUCUUUAUUUUAUC